AUGACUCUGGAGGCCGACUUCAACACCGUGGCAGAAAAAGUAAAAAAACUAAAGACCAAACCAACUGACGAUGAACUAAAAGAACUGUAUGGACUCUACAAGCAGUCGACCGUGGGAAAUAUUAAUAUUGAGUGUCCUGGGAUGCUGGAUUUGAAAGGCAAAGCAAAAUGGGAAGCAUGGAACCAGAAGAAAGGUAUGUCAAAAGAAGAUGCCAUGAAGGCUUACAUUUCUAAAGCAAAUGAGAUGAUAGAGAAAUAUGGAUUGUAGAUUUUCUUUGGACAAUUAGUUCAAAGGCAAGGGCACUACUCAUUUUCAGACUGAUGUGAACAUCAUUAUUUGCAAUAAACUUUUUUCUUCUUUAAAAAAAAAAUUAAGGGUCUGGAAACCCAUCCUUAUGAGGAACAGUUGAGGGAGUUGGGUAUGUUUAGCUUGGAAAAGAGGAGGCUGAGAGGAAAUAUGAUAGCAAUCUUCAAAUAUCUAAAGGGCUGUCUCAUGGAAGAUGGGGCAAGCUGCUCUGGAGGGUAGGGGCUGAACCAAUGGCUUCAAGUUGCAAGAAAGGAGAUUCUGAUUCAAAAUCAGGAUGAACUUUCCAACAGUAAGAGCUGUUUGGCAGUGGAACAGGCUCCCACGAGAGGUGGUGGACUUUUCUUCCUUGGGGGUUUUAAAGCAGAGGUUGGAUGGCCAUCUGUCAGGGAUGCUUUAGUUGAGAUUCCUGCAUUGCAGGGGGUUGGACUAGAUGAGCAUUGGGGUCUGUCCCAACUCUACAAUUCUAUGACUCUGUGAAAUCUGGAAGGAAUACCCUCCACCGUUAUGUCCGGUUCUCACAUAGAAGCUUCUCUGGAGAUAGGAUUAGAUGCCACCAGAACCACACGGCAGCCCUUGGGCCAGAUUUGGCCUGUGCAGUCUUCCCAACCAUCCCACUGACUUCUCAGCCUCUUUCUCUUCUCCAUAUUGGUCUUCCUAUGGGGGAAAAAGAGUGAUAUAUUUACAGUGGUACCUCGGGUUAAGAACUUAAUUUGUUCUGGAGGUCCGUUCUUAACCUGAAACCAUUCUUAACCUGAGGUACCACUUUAGCUAAUGGGGCCUCCCGCUGUUGCUGCACUGCUGCCGUGCGAUUUCUGUUCUCAUCCUGAAGCAAAGUUCUUAACUCGAGGUACUAUUUCUGGGUUAGCGGAGUCUGUAACCUGAAGCAUCUGUAACCUAAGGUACCACUGUAUUGACUUUGUCCUGCAAGUAAGACACUGUGAAUAGCAUUAAACUAAACCCUACUUGAAAUGAGUGGACCUAACUUAGUCCUGUUCAUGCGUUUCAGCGGGUCUGUUCGAAAUCCCCUUCCAUUGAAAUACAUGAUCUUGACUAAGCUAGGCCCAUUAAUUUAAACCGAUUGAUUCAGAGUGUAUCUUAGUUGAAUACCGCCCUAAGGUUGCUCACAGUGCUGCACAGGAAUGCUGUGAAUUUGGGGUGUUCACAUGUGCCAAUGGCUGGAGUAUCAAACUGGAGUAUCAAACUAGGACCUGGAGUGGCCACAGUUCAAAUCCCACUCAGCCAUGGAGCUCACUGGGUGACCUGGAACCAGUCUCUCUCUCCCAGUCUAACCUAUCCCUACCUCACAGGGUUGUUAUGAGGAUAAAGUGGAGAGGAGAAGAGCCUCAUAUACUACCUCAAGCUCCUUGGAGGAAAGCUGGGAUAUAAAUGUCAUAAACAGACCAUCAACAGGUGUACAGUCUAUGUGCCUAUGUAUAUGAAAUAAUUGAACUUUAUGCUCAUACAGUUAUUCACAUGUCAUGUUCAACAACUGUCUAGUAUGUUUACUUGUGUACAUGGAAGCUGAGCUGUACAAAUCAAGAAGUGUACACCCUUCCACAUUUACAUGCCUAGAGGCAGCUUGUAGCUCUGUUAGGUGUAAUGUGUCGACCAGCUUUUUCUCAUAAAGUAAGUGAGGAAUCUUUGCAUAGCAGAAGCCACAGAAAGAACAGCCAUAGCAACAUAUAUAGGAAGUUGCCUUACUCUGAGUCAGACCACUGUCCAUUUAGCUGAGCAGGGCUUUUCCCCCAGCCUGAAUGCUGUGCGCCAAAGGCUGCGUGCAGAACAACAAUCUUUGUUUUGUGACUGUGGCUGGCAUGGCGAGUGGUGCAUUAACUGGGUGCUCCCCUCAACAAGUUCCAGCACCUCUUUUUGUAGAAAAAAUGUCCUGUAGCUCAGUUUUGUCUACACUGACUGGCAGCAGUGGCUUUCCAGGCUUCAAUGCAGAGAGUCUCACCUUUCCUGCUUGAAGAUGCUGCCGGGGUUCAAACCUGGGACCUUGUGAGUGCAAAGCAGAUGCUCUGCUGCUGAGCCACAGCCCUCGUUCUCCUUUGGCUCCUCUCUCUUCCGGUAACACCUCAAGCCAGGAAACUUGCAAUGUGAUGUCACUGUGUGGAGAGAUUUCAUUGACUGCUGCUCAAAGCAGGUGGGGAAACCCAGGUACAUUUGACGUGCUAGCUAGGACUUGCCGAUCAGAAGGUCGGCGGUUCGAAUCCCCGCGAAGGGGUGAGCUCCCGUUGCUCGGUCCCAGCUCCUGCCAACCUAGCAGUUCGAAAGCACCUCAAAGUGCAAGUAGAUAAAUAGGUACCACUCCGGCGGGAAGGUAAACGGCGUUUCCGUGCGCUGCUCUGGUUCGCCAGAAGCGGCUUAGUCAUGCUGGCCACAUGACCCGGAAGCUGUAUGCCGGCUCCCUCGGCCAAUAAAGCGAGAUGAGCACCGCAACCCCAGAGUCGGUCACGACUGGACCUAAUGGUCAGGGGUCCCUUUACCUUUCUAGGUGUUAAACUGUGGGAGAGAGGAGAAUCAUAGAAUCAUAAAAUUGUAGACUUGGAAGGGACUUCACGGGUCAUUAGUUCAACCCCCUGUGAUGCACAUAUCUCAGCUAAAUCAUACAUGACACAUGAUCAUCCAACCUCUGCUUAAAAACCUGAUCAUCUUCAUUGCCCUCCUCUGCACACGUCCCAGCUUGUCAAUAUUCUUCUUAAAUGGUGGUGCCCAGACCUAGACACAGUAUUCCAGGUGUGGCCUGACCAAGGCAGAAUAGAGUGUUGCUAUUAUUUCCCUUGAUUGGGACACUAUACUUUUGUGGAAGCAGCCUAGAAUAGCAUUAGCGUUUUUUGCUGCAGCAUCACAACCAGUCAACAUAACACAUUUUUUGGGGGGGUAACCUAGCACAAGUAAAAAAUUUGGGAUUGAAUUUUUCAUCUCAAAGAUUUGGGCACAAUAAAAAUGGCCUCUAAAAUAGAAGUAAACAGGUGCCGAGGGAGAGAAGCUGUGAGGGUAAAUUGCUAGCAGAUAAAAUUGAUGCUAAAAAUAGAUUUUUGGAAGCAGAUUACCUCCCCUCAGUCCAUUGUUUCUCUGGCAGGCAGUGUGCCCUCUGCCUUGUAGCUGAACAAAAUUGCUACUUUGGGCAAGCAAAGAGGAGUCUUGCUGUUUUGUGUUGUUUUCCCACUUUUACCAGUUCUGCCAUUUUCCAGGUCCAGUCUUACUUUAUAUAUGAAUUUGCAAGUCCCCUAAAGUGACAGCUCCCAAACUGUGGUCUACGGACCACCGAUGGUCCAUGCCCUGUCAAUGAAUUUGUCAUUGAAGACAAGAGAUGCCACAUCCAUUACAUUAUAUAUUCACAUUGAUUUUUAACUGUAGUUUCAAUCACUCCUUUUAUUUGUAAUGUAUUGCAUUUUGCCAUAUUACAAUCUGAAUGCAAUAAGGUACAAUAUAUAAGAAUUGAAAAGAGCAAUAAGUGACAGUUCAUGAUCCUAUGGGGGUUACAGAAUCCCUGCUAUAAAAUAUGCUCCUGGCACACUUCAAUUUUUUCAUUGAAAAACACUUUAAUUUUGGAGAGUAAACAACUUGAAGCCCAAAUCCUAUGAGGAAAGGCUAGGAACAAUAAUAAUAACUUACACAAGUAACUCGAAACUUACGUGCACUUAACUUGCAUGCUUUCAAUUUAUGCGCUUGGCAAACAUAUGCAUUUUUAAAAAAAAGUGAUUGGAAAGUGGGAGGACGUCCAGGAAAAAAGGGCUUUGGCAACCCCACUCAUCUAUCAGGCUUCAAGGUAUCCAAUCCCUCCCCCUCAUGACAGGCUACUAGUAAAAGAUAGACAAGAAGCUCUUACCAAGUCUUUUAUUCAAUGUUCACAGAGAGAGGCUUAGAAAUGUUGCUUCUCAGGGUAAUGGUGUUGCUCUGAGUAAUCUCCUCCUCCCUUCCCUUCACAGUCAUCAACAGCACCACCACCCUUACGGUGGCUGCUUAAGGUCAUUUGCCUCUUAGCUCUCUGCUCUCCUACUUUCACUGUUUGCCGGGUUCUGGGAGAAGGAAUGCUUUCUAGUGAUAACGUGCCAGCCAGUUUCUCCAGCUCAGCUCCUCCUUUUCCUUCUUCUCCCAUUAUCUCCCAGCGUUGUCCCUCUUCUGUCUCAGAGCUGUGAUCUUCUGCAAACCAUUGUUGUAAAUCUAUACAGUCAUACCUCAGGUUGAAUGUGCUUCAGGUUGAGCACUUUCGGGUUGUGCUCCGCGGCAACCCGGAAGUAAUGGAGCACGUUACUUCUGGGUUUCACCACUCGCGCAUGCGCAGAUGCUUAAAAUGAUGUCACGCGCAUGCGCAGAAGUGGCAAAACGCGACCCGCACACGCGCAGCCGCACCGUCGCGUCUUACGUUCUGUUCAGGAUGCGAACAGGGCUCCGGAACGGAUCCUGUUUACAUCCUGAGGUACCACUGUACUGUCUUGCUCUCCUCUGGAAGUUUCAGGAGAAGGGGGGUGGCAGUCUCCACCGUUCCUCCGCAGUCCAGUCCCUGACACCAUCACUGAACCCAAUGUGCUUUCACUGUACACAGUUUUGGCUACACCCACUGUUCCCAGAUGUGUAACCCCGGUGUAAGUUGAGAGUCACCUGUCUAUGUCAUUUAAUGUCAACAGAGGCUGCUAAUUGGUUUAGAAAGGAUAAAAAAACCAAUUAAGCAAAUAUUAAAAUAUGAACAUCCAUAAUUAAAAUGCACAAUAAAGCAUCUCAAAUAAACAGACAGACAGAGCAGUUGAAACAGGAGACUCUAGUCAGGAGAUAACUGGCGUGUUUUCAAAAGCCUAUGGCAGAGCUGGAGAACCUGUGUAGCUCUCCAGAUCUUGUAGUGGGAGUGAUUUUUAUUAAAUGAAUUUCUAUACUGCCCUCCAUCUGAGAAUCACAGGGAGGUUUGCAAUAUAAAAACUCAAAAAUACCUAGCAAAUAAUAACAAACAAAGCAAUACUCCACGCCUCCAGUUUAAAAGGUCAUAGAUUGUCUAAUCAGCAAAAGGCCUGGUUAAAGGUCAAUGUUUUUGCCUGGCACCUGAACUUAUGUAAUGAAGGUGCCAGCUAAACCUCCCAGAGGAGAGCAUUCCACAAACAGGGAGCCACUGCAGAAAAGGCCCGUUCUCGAGUUGCCACACUCUGGAGUUCCUGGGAAGGAAUCACACAAAGAUGGGCCUCAGGUGAUGAUCUGGGCUGCCCAAAUGACAAGGCCCCCCCUCAGCCCCUCUGAAGUGGUCCAAAGGAGAGCAGGUCAAAACGUUUGGCAUCAGCUUGGCUGCAGAGUGGCUGAAAAGAGGCAUACAAAGUGCUAUCCAACCAUCUUAGGGAUUCCACUCUGGAUUUGUGUAGGAUUUUUCUUCUCUCAAAGAUGGGCUACCUUCUCAGGUUGCUGAGCUGCAUUGUACUGCACAAUAGAUAAAUUUAUAUUCAUCACCCCACUUUUUGCCCCUGGCCUUCCUCACCCCUGGCAUGUGGCCUCCAGAAGGUUAUUCAAAAGGAAAUGUGGCCCUCAGAAUGACAGAUGUUCCCCACUCCUUAUGUUGACAUUACUGAGCUUACAUAUUAGUUUAAGAAGAAGAAGAAGAAGAUUCCACUGGACAACCAUCUUUCUUUAGGUCAGUUUCCUGGCCAGUUUCCUGGCCUCUCUGCUCUUGUUUUCAUUAUCCAACAAAAGCACGUUCCCCAUAAAGAAAACAGUUUUAACAAUGACCAACUGAAGACUUCAGAGAGAAGCAAAUGACCUCAGAGAGCAGCGUCUUGCAAAGAGCCAUUCCAGGCGAAACAAUUCACCGAGAGUGAUUUUUUAUUCUCAAGUGCCUGGUCUCUGAGGUCAAAUACAUUUGUGCACUGUGGGGACAUGUUGAAAGGAAGAACUCUGACUCCCUCUUUCCCUCACCCAGUCCAUUUUCUGACUUUAGCAAUGCAAGUAGACAUGUGUGAGAAGUUAAGGGUGGUGUGUGUGUGGGACCCUGGGACCCUGUCUCCAGUGGGCGUGAGUUCCAUAGUGUAACUCUGUUUUGCAUGAAGAAGAACUUUCUUUCUUGCCUUUCCCUGAUGUGCAUCACUUUUUGCAGGUUUACACUGACAUGCAUUUGCCAUUUUGUUACCCGUGACUUCUUGUAUGUAUUACUUGCCUGGAGAGCUGCAUUGCAAAGGAGAAAUUCACAUUUCAGAGGGUGGCUUUUUUGCAGUUCACGUAGUAUUUUGGUAUGCACAUAUUAGGUAGGUUCACUUUUAAAUGUGCCCCCUUGAAAAUUUCUCCUGCUCCCACUAAGUGAACAUAGGACUCCACUCACUCCAAAAAGCGACUUCAUAAGGUUGCUUGUGGGAAAAGAUAGUAGAGUUUUUAUUGCUGAGCAAAAUAAUCGAAACACAUUUUUAAUUGAGGGUGUACAUCUAAUGUAUGCAUUUUGGUGAACAUUGUUUAGUUAGAGAACUGCAUUGUAAAAUUCGAAUAGGUGUGAAGGAUGGCUGUGUUUUGGUUCUCAUAUUGUUUCAUAAAGUGUGAAUAUGAUAAUUUGCCUUUAAGUGCAAGCUGAAUCAGAUUUCUCCCCCAUUUCUUCCUCUCAUGAAUGAUUGGGGGCAGUUAGAGGGGGUUGAUUCUUUACUGUUCCUUGCCUAAUGCCACUUCUGGCUCUUAAUCUGGGUUGCAGCCGGAUCCUAUUUAAAUGUCUUAGGUAAACCAGCUGCUGUCACCUUGUUUUCCAUUGUCUUCUCAUCAGCUUGGAUAUUUCAUGCGUCCUUUGAGAUGACAUCAGAAGACGCUUCAAAAUACAGCUUUAUACAUUUAGAGUUACAUUUAGUAAAGGCUUCUGGGAGUUCCUCCUGGGUGCAUUCAGCCAUCUGUAGUGUUACCAAAGUAAAUGCCUGUUAACAUCUUCCACUUAAGAGACAUGGCAGAUGAGGCCCAAGGAAAGAAAGACUUACCAGCGCCUUCUCUGUAACUUCUGUUGUAUUCAUGCUGAUCCCAAUGUUACAAUCCUGUCCCUAUUUAUUGGGAGUAAGCCCCACUGAAAUAGAUGGGGCUUAUUUCUGAGUAGGAAAAAUGUUUCUACCUAUCACUUAAUAUCAAAGAUGGGGCUAGGCGUGCUUCCCUGGUGAAGCUUUCAAGAAACAGAGAGCCACCACUGAAAAGGCCUGUUCCUGUGUCACCACAAAUUCAAUCCUGUGCAUGAGAAGCUGGUGUAAAGCAAGCUGGGGUAAGUCACAUCAGCCUAAGGUUACACCACAUCCAAACUCUUUUCAGCAGUGGGGCUGCUGAUGGUGCUGUGCCUAAACUUGGCAGAGAGGUAACAAGCCUAUAAAAGAAUGUUUUAAGCCAGGUUGCCUGGUCAUAUGACCAAGCUGAACCAACUUAGGGUCCAGCCUAAGUUCCCCACUUUCUGGUCCCACCACACUAUGCCCCAGAAUGCCCUCUUUGGGGACUUACAGAGGCCUCUGCUCAGCCAACAGGGCAGUGGCUAAGCAAGUUAAGCCGGUGUAUCUUUGGCUGAGCUGGGGUUGGAGACUUAACGGCCGGCUGAGCCAGAGAUUGUCUGCAUCCUAAACUGCUCAUCCCAGCAGAUAUUGGCAUAGGAUUGCACUAUUUUGCAAGUGGCUUUAAUUUAAGGGAACACCUGGCUGCAAAAUCCUACCAGUGCUCAAAUAAUAGCCUCAGGUAACAAAAGCAACAGGCACGUCCUCUGAAGUAGGAUGUCAAAAUGAGGCUCCUCCAAAGGAAACAGAUGAGGUCUUUCCUGAGAAUUACAAGCAGGGAGAUAUAAUAAUAAUAAAAUAGUGGGACUUCAUUUUGAACUCAAGCAAGAUUGAGGUCAUUCUUAAUAUAAAAAAAGUUGGGAAGGAGAAGAGGAGAUAAUCAGAUGUAGAGACAGGACUGAACAAGCAAAGAGCUGUUCAGCAUGUGUGUUUUGGAAAAAGUCUUCAGGCUCUAUGGGAAAACAAACAAGUCAUGGUUGAAGGAAGAAUUUGUCAUGAGAAGGAAACUGAAAAUGAUGUUCUUAUGUGGACUCUGCAUUUGGAAGGUGGGGAAAACACAAUUAAAAUUCUUCAGUGCAUGAACACAGGCUCUGUACUGAGACAAGCAGCUUGCUUGUUAGUAAGUUGCUUUGGGCUGCUUUAGGCAAGAUAAAGUCACCAACAAAUUUAAUAAAUAAUACUAGUGUGAUGCAAAGUGAAUUUGCAUGGUCCGUUUUAAUAAGCAUUGUUUACAUCUAGGGUUGAGGGCACAGAAUUCUUGGCUUUCCUUACAUUCCUACCACACGUGAAUGAACGAACUGCUUUCCCCACCCACCCUCCAACCAAGAGGAGACACAGUUUUCAUAAUAUGGGAAAGCCUUUAAGCAUCUACUACUUAUAAUGAUGAUGUGGAGAAAUGCAGGAUACUAAACCAACGCUCACAGUCACAGAGAAUCUUGUGGCUGCUGAGAUUUCAGCAUGCGUUGCUCACAUGCAACUUCCUUAUGUUAAUAAGGACCAGAAACUUGCUUGCUUUGAGAUUCUUAGGAAAACUGGUUUCUCUGCCUGAUAUUGCACUGAAUUAUGGUAUGUACCAGUUGUGGGGAAUCUUUGGCCCUCCAGAUGUUGCUGGACUACAGCUCCCAUCAUCCCUGGUGAUGCUUGCUGGGGCUGAUGGGAGUUAUAGUUCAGCAACACCUGGAGGGCCAAAGGUCCCCCACACCUGGUGUAUAUACACACAAGUGGUCCAACCACCUCUGUGUUCUAUAUGGCAUUUAUCCAAAGAGAGUUGGAUUAUGGGUAUAUCCAGCCACCAGAAAAUUUGCUUGAAUUAAUGCUUAUUCAGUAAGGUGCACUGUAAAAGAAGAGAUCAUUUCUGGAAGAAAUAACAAUUUCUGGGAAGGAGAUAAAAGAAGUUCCCUUCCCUUCUGCCCCCUAACUUUUAUUUUUCUCCUCUCCAGCUGGUUUCUUUGCGUAUUAACUGUUCUGAGUUGUACCUCAUUAUUAACAGUGAUCCAUUUUGACAGAUGGGACAGUCAAGAUCCUGCAGGCUAUCAUUUCAAAGUUAAAGGUCAGUCCUUUCCCCACCUCACAUCUACCUGCGUAACAGCUUUACUUCCCAUUAGGAUUCCCCAGGGAAUAUCAGGUAGGGGCGGAUUUAUCCUGUGAGAGAAAAUUAAUAUUAAAUCUCACACUGAGAGAGAGAGAGAGAGAGAGAGAGAGAGAGAGAGAGAGAUGGUAUAAUUGUGCUACCUUCAGUUUUCCGCCUCAGUAGAACUUGUGAGCCACAUUUAAUAUUAUUCCAGGGGGAAGCCUAAGUUUGGAUAAUGAAGAUGAUUUAGCAGUGGCAUCUUAGCAAUUAACAUAUGCUGCGAAAUAUAGACCCCAAGAUAAAAUAGGAUUUCAUAUCCUUCCUCCUGGUCAAACACAUGGUGCAGAAGAAGAAGAGAUAAUCUACCACCUGUAAGCCAUGAACAGGCUGGAGGUAUUUUAAGAGCUGGCAUGGCACAGCAACUAGAAGGGAGCUCAGGGUGCUGUAAAGACAACUGCGUCACCGAAAUGCUAGAUUUCUAGAUGGGUGCCUUUAAAAGAGGAUUAGAGGUAUGAAUGGAGGAUAGGGCUCUCAAUGGCUACUACCUAUGAAGCCUAUGUUCUAUCUCCAUCUUUGGAAGCAGGUGGAACCCCUGUUGCUGGGAAUCACAAAUGGGGAGAACUGCACUCAGACCUUGCCUGCAGGCUUGCCAUCGUCAUCCGGUUGACUACAGUGAGAACAGGAUGUUGGAGUGGGUGGGUCUCUACCAUGACCCAGCAGGGCUCUUAUGUUAAUGUUUGGUACUGAUGUGCUGCCAUUGACUGACUCAAGCCCCCUCCCCGGUUGAUUUCUCACCCCCUCCAUAGGCAAUGUCAAGUGUGAAUGUACGGCAAUUAAGUCGAUGAUUCCGCCUCUCACCGUUGUUUCGGAAGUAUUGCUUCACACUUUAUAAAUGCCUCAUCUCACUUUAACAUUUCCGCUGUUAUUGGCGAUGGAAGUUGCAACCUUUAAACUGUUCCUUGGCGGCCCUCCAGAGUAAAUUGUCUUGAGCACAGAGGCCAAAAUGGCAAGUUUCCCCCACCCCUUAAAAGAAAAAUUCCAUCUGAGUCACCGUGGCCUGCGUGGCAGAAAAUAAACAUAGCUUUCCUUGCGAUUGCCAUUCAUUAAUAUGUAUUUGAAAUCCUAGAAAUACCAUUCCAUCCAAGCAGGAAGAGAAAGUGUGUUAGAGAAAUUAUGGGGGCUUGUAAUCAUUGUAGCAAAGCAUCUAAUUUAGAUAUUAAGCUCACUUAUCAGAUGUAUACUGCCUUGCCCUUUGAUCAGAGCAGGGUGGGGGUGGGAAUAAAGCAGUGAAUAAUUGAUACAGAAAAAGAAGGGAUGAACACAAUCUUCCACUAUAAUUUCAUUUUAAGGACUUGCCUUUAGAAAGGCUGGCCUGCGACUUCUGGGAGUUUCCCUUCCCACCCACUGUUACACCAGGACUGCAGAACCAGUGGCCAGUGGAGGAUUGCCUGUUAGGGCAAGUGGGGUACUGCCCCAUCAACCCUAGUCUGUGCUGAACCAACUCCCAUGUGUCAGCCUUCUUACUUACAAGUCUAAAAGGUGGCCCUGACUCUCAGCUUCUCUUCCUCCUUAGUCUCAGUGUUGUUGCCCAUUGCAGAACUCAGCAGGAAGGAGGGGGUGGACAAAACUAGAAUUAGGUGGCUUUGGCUGUCACUGGCUCAGGCUCCACCUAUGGUUGGCCUCUCAAUGAGCACCAGCGGUGGCCUGUGGCCCUCCAGGUGAAGCUGGACUUCACAUUGCAUCACCUCUGGCUAUUGACCAUGCUGGCUGGGGCUGAUGGAAGUCAGAGCCCACCAACAUCUAGAAGGCUAAAGGUUGCCCCAUCACUGUUUUUACAGAAUUAUUUUCGAAAGGUGGGCCAUCAGGGCAGGAGUGAGGCAGAGGAAUAACAAUAAAGGGACUCUCUUCUGCAGACAAAUGGAUUGGCUCAGUGCCUUCUUUGGCAAAGACAGUUGUUCCAAGUAAAUGCCAAAAGGCAUUUAGCUGUAGCAUUUGUCAGCUGCGUAAGGUGGCCUCUCACUUUUCUUCCUAAUUUAUGGCAGAUUGUUUUCUGCUGGGUUGACUGGACCACAGUGUGUUUGCAUUAACCUCUUAACAUGGAAUGUAAAAAACCCUGUCUUGGACAUCCAUCUCAGCAGGCAGAAGCAGUGCUUGCAUCAGAAGACUUUGGUGUGCUGGUAGAUGGAACAACUAAUGAAUGGCCAAGCCAAGAGUCCAUUUGGUCCAUGGGGUAGCCAAGUAUACUAGAAACAGAGACAGGUAGUGUGGAGAUAACAAUUUGCUGAUUUCCUUGUUCAGUAUCUGGGGCUUGUGUCAGAAAUAGGCUUAACUGGGCAACAGCGAAAGUCAACACCCCUUUAGGGGGACGAUUGUUAACCCCCGGGACCUACAGGGUCGUCAUUAGUCCUCCUUGCUGGCACACAACCAGUAAUAAGAGUGACCAAGAUAUUGUAGCAUCCUCUACUGCCUUGCUCCAGGGGUGGUGAACUGAGGGCUGCAUAGCCUUAUGGGUGAUCCUCAAGGGACUGCAUGCCAAUGGUGAGAAAGGCCGGAGACAAAAUUGCAUGUAGCAACUGAUGUGAAUCUUACCUUUGUACAGGAAGUUAUAUUCAAGCCGUGCAAAAUCCAGAGGUUUCCAAUCUACACACACUCUCUCCACCUGGGGAAGGAAGAGGCAUAAUCACAGUUCAAUGACACAUUGCCAGCCAGGAGGGACAAGGGCUGUAGAGUGUCCCAAGGGCCAGAUAGAGAGGACAUCCUUAUAAGUAGAGCCCGCUGUGGCUGUUUUCUAGUCCUCAUGGUUCUGAGAAAAGUUCUGAAUUAAAUAACAACAAGCUUCUGUGGAGCCAGAACAUUGGUCAUUUUGGCUUAGUAAUGUCUUCAGCAGGCAUGGGGAACCUGUGUCCUCUGUGUCCUGACUGGCAGCCACUCUUCAGAAUUUCAGGCAGGAACCUUUUGUAGCCCUACCUAGAGAGGCUGAGGAUUGAGACCAUCCUUGUGUGGUGUGUCACCGAGCCAUGGCCCUGCUCCACAAUCUAGGAUAUUAUGUGUCAGGCAAAGUUUGCUUUGAGAAGGAGCUAUUUCUCCCUGCCUCUUUGUCAGUGUGGCUCAGUCCACCUCAUUUGGUAACACUCUAUAAACCCUAAUUACUUGGGCUUCCUGCCACACUCACUGAUUUAAUAAAGUAGCUUCAUUAAUGUCCCAUUUAGUUGUUGCCGAUAAUCCCAACUCUUGGCUGAGGCUUCCAGCUUGUUAAUGGAGAAUGGGAGAGGCAAUCACAAUUUGAACUGGAUUCCCAACAAGCUUUUGGUAGACCUUCUGCCCCCAAUUGACCAUCUCAGCCAUUUGAUAAUAGUUUUGUCUCUGGCCAUACAUGGGGACUUAAAUAGAGCCAUUAUCCCUGCCGCGAGUUUCUGUAGCCUUCAACUCUUCCUCUGGAGUAUUCCUCUCGGUGGUGCCAUCUAAUCAGCUUUAGGUUUUAAUUAAACAGCUGUCAUUUGCUUCCUAGUUCUGUUGCGACCUGAUGUUGUAUUAAAUUUUAAUUUAGCCAAGGCUGAAUAAGAAGUAGAUUCUCUCAGACAACAAAGAAACACUAUUAGCAGGUUACAGUUGUAAUUAAGAAGAGCCCAGCUGAAGUGCUAAUGCAGUCGAGUUCAGAGGAGGAAUUAGGAAUAAACACAAAGAUAAUUAUUAUUCUGGAAUGGCGGCUACAACUUGAGUUGCCUUCUCCCACUUGACUGGAGAGAAUUUCAUGUUCAAAGUGCACUUUGUACUUAAAUUGUCAUGGCCUCUGAGGGUUGAAACAAGAUUACUUUGCUUUCUGGCUCACCUCUGGGACCUGGAACCUACAGGCUUUGUUUUCCAUUCCUGAUCCUUGCAGCCCCAUACUCCUCUUUUCCCGCACUCCACAGGCUGCCUGCCAUGUUGAAACAGGAUAUCAUUCCCCACUUCAAAAUACAUGGAGGCAUAUCCCUACUUUUUGUCUCCUCUAGUCGUUUUAUGUUUGACCACCAAGUAUGGCAAGCUUGCACAGGGACACAACUGCUCACUCAUCUGUUAAUUUUCCUAAGAGCAGAGUUGCAAAUCAAUACCCUCCAGAAUGUUCUAUUGAUUCUAGUGCAGAUCAGUCUAUUGAAUAUAAUCUGACUAGAACAACUUUGUGUAAAGUCUUCACAUUGGCUGAAUUUCAGCAUCACAGCAUUUUCAUGUAGUGCCCCCCACCCCUUUUUGGUGGUGGUGGUUGAGAAGCUCUCUUCCAUUUCUUAAAAAGGCAAUCUACAGCCUAUUGAGGUGACAGGACACAAGAAUCUAGCAUAUAAAAGACAUUCUAUCCAAAUUUCUCCCAUUGUGAAAAAGGGAAGGGGAAGAUUGUGAACACUUGGUCCACCACAGUCGUAACAUUUCUACCCACCACCAACACUCCCUCAGUAAUUCCCAUACCUGACAUUCUUCCUUAGAACUCGCAGGACAAUUUGUAUGCACAUUUCAUCCAAUAAAACCCCCAUUUUUAAACACAAUUUGACCUAAUUAUACAUUUUUUAAAGCAGUUUCACCUAACACCAUGCAUUUUGGCCCACACUUUCCUCUAAUCAACCUUUCUGAUCUUUUGAGAUCAUCUGAAGAGGUCCUCCUGGUGGUUCCACAUGUUCCUGUACAUACUCAGAAGAACACGUUUGUUAUAGUGGCACUAAUGUUAUAGAACACACACUCGCUGUGGAUGUGUGACAUGUGUCAACAAUCUGUGGUUCAUGACACAUGUUACAAAUGUUCGUGACAAACCUUUUUUUAAAAAAAAUAAUAUUUAUUAGUAGUUUCAAAGUUAUAAAGAAAAAAGAAAAAUUAAAAACAACACUGUAAUACAUAGAAAGAAAACAAAAGAAACAACAAUACAACAAAAAAAGAAAAAGAAAAAUGGAAAACACAAGAAAAAAGAAAACAACAUAGAUCCCAAAUUACAUAUCUAUAACUUCCAUUUGCUUGUUUCAUUGACCUCCUCACACCUCCCUUUUUGUAUUCUAAUUUAAUUUAAUUAAUUAUUUCAGCAAAUUCUUUCCAUCUUUCUCAAUUUUUGUUAAAAAAUUUAUCUUGACAGUUUAACUUUAUAAUUAGCUCAGCAAAUCCUUACCAUCUUUCCCCAUAUUCUGUUAUUCAAAUUGCCUUAAUUUAUUUAACCUUAUCUUACCCUAAAUUACCUUAAAGCUUAAAUCUUAGUUUUCAAAUAUACAUAACUCCUGAUAUCAUUUCUGCUAGAGUCAUAUAGUUUCAUUCCAACAUUUUCCCUAAUAUUCAUUAAUUUUUGCCAAUUCCCUAAAUAAAAAGUUUCUUUUAUAAAUUUUCUUCCAAUCUUCAUCCAGCGUCUCAUCUUCCUGGUCUCGGAUUGUGUCAGUCCUUACUGUCCAAUCCAUCUAGUCCAUCAACCUGGAAGCCUUAUGUCCGAGGCCCUUAAGUCUCUUCCAUGUCCCUUCUGCAUUUCUUCUUCUUCUUGUUUAUACUUGCCCUUUUCCUUGACUUUUGUUGGUCUCUUUCUUAAUUCCUUUCCUUUCUCAUUGAGGAGUAGUUCUCUGGGGGGUUCCAACCCAGAAUUGUCUCCAUCUCCCUUCAUCAAACCCACCCAUUCCCCAAAGUCCCACUCCCCACAGUCCUUGAUAAAAUCCAAAAAAUAUUUAAAAACAUAUUUCAAGGUCUCUCCAAAGUUAGGAACCUCCUCAACACCAGAUUCCCCCUGGCCCAUUCCAACUUCAAUCUUCAAUGACAGCGGCUUAUGCUCCUGUAGGGCCUCGGGUCUCUCCAUUUGUAUUAUUUGAGGUGCAACCGCAUCCUCUUCCAUUAUCCUCUGUUCUUGCCCAGUCAGUACUGAUUCAUGAGUUGGUCCCUGAAUAAUUUCUGUAUCAAUGUUCCCUGUUUGUCCACAGUUAUUAACCGCAACAGUCAAAUCCAUUUUUUCAUUCAUCAAGUCCAUCUUCUCAUGCAUCUGUUCCAACAGGGCACUUGUCUUGCAUAAGGCAAGCACCCAAUCUUCCUCCCAGCUCAUCUUUAGGCAAGGUCAGAAAAGACUAUUCCCACAGUCUUAAUCUCACAGCUGUUGAGUCCUCAAGUAUACUGCUGCAACAAUUUAACAAGCUCCCUCUAGAGGAGACAAUUUCUAUUUGUAUCCAUUUUUUUUUUUUAAGGCAAGUCCAACAAAGGAAAAUUACUUUCGUUUUUCAGAUAUUUUCCGGAUAUUUUGUUUUUUUAAGAUGCAAAAGGCAACAUUGGAAUCAGCUUGUUUCUCUUCUUUAACUAUCUGUCAAAAUGUUCCAUUCACAGUCAAUGAACCUACAAUUUCUGUCUCUGACACCCAGUUCCCAGGUUAGAGACGGUGGAAACUCAUCCUUCUCGCUCCCUCUCCUGCAGGGGUUAAACAAAAUCCCGCCCCCCUUUUCUCCUGCUUCCAAGGGGGUUUCAGUAGUUCUAAAUGAAGGAAAUUUAGACUUUUUUGUCAGCUUUCCAGGCUUUAGCUUACGAAGUUUUUGCUUUAGUCUAUAUACAAAAAGCAGAAGGCGGACUUCCUGUUUUGAACCUUCCCGCUUCGAUGCCAAAUUAAGAUAUUUCUUGAUACAAUUUCCGUUUCUACUCACGGGUUUUAAAUCCAAUUGUCCACAGGAAAAAGUCAGCGCUCUCCAGCAAUGGCUGUGCGGCUUCACUCCGUGAAAGUAGCAAUCAGUUCGCAGCACCACGCCGCUCACCCCGCUUCAAUCCGGCGCCCCAAAAAGGGGUUCCCGGUGAGUAGGGGGGGCGCUUCUGGUGCCCUGCCGAACCCCACGUUCCCAGGCUUCCUCCGCCUGGGAUUUCUAGCGGGUCCCCGCCUUCGCCGCGGCGGGAAGACCCAGUUUUCACGGAGCUAGUUCCUCCGGUCGGAGGAACUCCGCCAUUCACCGAUGGCGCUGACCCGGAAGUCCCUGUUCGUGACAAACCUUCAGGGACCAACAGUGCUGCUGGUAUGUGCAGAUUAGAUUUUUUUUUUUUUAAAAAAACUUUAUUAUUAUUUUAUUGCUUGUAAUUUUUGCUUUCUUUUUAAGCCUGUCAUAUACUUUGGUAUUUAGAGGAUUAUUAGAUUAUAUGGGCUUCCCAAAGGCAUCUGGUUGUCCACUGGUAGAACAGGAUGCUGGACUAGAUAGGCCACUGGCCUAAUUCUAGCAGGCUCUUUUUAUAUGCUCUUGUCAACAUCAGCAAGUAAAUACAUAUUCCCAUUUUUGUAUGCAUUUUGUUUCGGUUUGGGUGUUGGGGAACUAUUGCAGAAUUUCUAGAAGUGCACAUUUCAAAGGAUAGCUGUGUUCAAGAUGUGCUAAUGAGGCAGGUUGACAUUGAAAUACCCCAAAGAUCAGGACCAUGGAUAGCUCACUGUGAGCCUAGAUUCAAGAAGAGGCUAGGCUUCCAGAGAGGCAGGGAUCUGAGUGUUACUUCAGCACUGGUCUGGAGCGAACUGAUGGUAUAAGUUGGUCCACGAUUGUCUCAUCCCUUAUAUAGCCAGUGGUUUGUUGUGCUCUGCAGGAGAAAGAUCCUUACAGAUACCACCUCAUUGGGGGCAGAAGGGGGGGGGGAAGCUGUUCCAUACAAUGCAGAAUCAGGCCUUUGGUGUGGCAGCAUCUAACCCAGGCAUCCCCAACCUUCAGCCCUCCAGAUGUUUUGGACUACAAUUCCCAUCACCCUGGACCACUGGUCCUGUUAGUUAGGGAUCAUGGGAGUUGUAGCCCAAAACAUCUGGAGGGCCACAGGUUGGGGAUGCCUGAUCUCUCUUGUUGUAUAGCAGACAGGGCAGCGUCUGUUUUUUCAGCACCUAUUAAGGACCUUCCAUUUUCAACAAGCCAUUUUAGCAGGAAUCAUUAUCCCAAUCUGCAUCAGCAUUGGAUUUGAUCUUGUUUUUAUAUGUGUUUUCAUUCCUAAUGUUUUUUUAUGGAUUUUUUAUGAUACUUUUUAUUGGUAAUCACUUCAACAAAUUUCAUGGAAAGCAAUUCGUUAUGGAAAUCAAAGAUAACAGUGACCCAGGCAAAUUUUCUCCCAAAUCUCUAGGCAGAAUGAGCUGCUUGUCACUUCCCCCCUCCUCUGGAUUCACCUUGGUGCUGUGCUUUCCUUCAACAGACGUUUUGAAUUCUGUUCUUAUGGCAGACGAAAGAAAAUACUUUUGAAACACAGCAGACAGUUAACGCUACGGAAUUUCCUCCCACAAGUUAUAGUGAUUGUCAUCAGUUUGGAUGGUUUUAAAGGAGGAUUAGUUAGAGAAAUUCGUGGAGGAGAAGGCUAUUUAUGGCUAUGAGCCAUGAUGGCUGUGAUCCCUCUACACAGUCAGUGUGCCUCUGAUUGCCAGCUGCUUGAAACCACAGGAGGAGAGAAUGCUCUUGUGCUCAGGUCUUCCAUGUGGGUUUCCCAUGGACAUUUGGUUGGCCCCUGUGAGAAAGCCUCUCCUCCUUCCAGAGGGGAGGAGUUGUGAGCGGGAGCCAUUUCCCGCGUUGGCAGGGGGCGUUCCGGCCCCUGCUCAGCUGUCCCGGCUGCCCCGCCCCGCCCCCUGGCAGCCCACCAAUCGGGCGGAGGCUAGGGGGCGGGGUUUAGCCGCUCAAAUGCGGCCGCAGCAGAGCUUCCUCCUCACUGCGCUGCUGGGUUUCGUCGGAUCACCCACCCACCCUUGUUGUUGACCUUGCUAUGGACCUGUGGUUGGUCACCUUGGUUGCCCAAGGGGCCUGGUAGGAAUUUUUAUCCAACUGGUAAAUUGGCACCGGCCACUUGGUUUUUUGCCUACCUCGUAGCAAAUCAUCACAACUUUUCAGGUAUUGGCGGUUAGGCAUUGGCAUAUGUUUGUGUAUUGGAGGGCAGGGUGUGGCCAUCACCUACCCCUCCACUUUUUGGGGAUUCCGUUAAAGGAAUCUGGUGGUUGUGGAUCCUGUCCGACACCCUUGCUUGUGGCUAGGGCCAUGGCACGACCCCCAGUGACAUCAGGGGGAGCUUACAGUUGUAUUUGCAUCAACAGGCUCCUCCUACUGGUGGUUAACCCUUGUUAGACUCACCCCUUCCUGAGUGGGUGGAGUCAUGCUCUGUUGUUUUAUCCAGUGCCUAAGCCAAUACCUCUCACAUGCUGUAAUCAAUAAAGUUGUGGCCUUUUUUAGCCCAUUAACCUAAUAUACUGCGUCCUUGUGUUUUUCUUAUCCUCAAGCGGUUGGCAGGUUCUCGACUCACAACAGGAUGCUGGGCUCUGAUAGUCCUUUGCUCAGUCCAGCAAGCUCUUUUUCUGAUCUCAAUGCCCAAAAGAUUUCACCCCAAACCUUUCUCCAUAAUAUUCAAAUGCCACAACCCGCCCCCUGGACUUUUGCAGAUUAGGUGGGUGAGUCAUCCUUUCCCUUCUCAUCACCUCUCAGGUGGACAAAUACCAUGUCCCCCUGUGGGUAAUGAGAAUCUCUAUGGAGUGUAUUAAAUACUUUAUGAAAAUGCAAAACCACCUGUCUUGUGGUGAUUAAUCCUUCAAGUCACCCAUGAGCCAUGACCUUAAUAAAUAAAUAGCCGUGUUUCCUAUUUUGCAUUCUGUGUUUCCUCUUCUUUUAAUUUUCUGUUUUAGUCAAUCUUGUCCUGUCCCUCUGCACUGGAUGACAGCUGGGUAGAAAUAAACCCCAUAAUCAUCAAUGAACAUAAAGCAGAUUGGGGGGAGGGAGCAUAAAGCAUCUGGUUUAUGUCAUCUGGAGUGCAGGGUAAAAAUAAAGUAAAAUAUAGACACGUUGCCAUCCUGUAGCUUUUUAUUUCACACCAUUUGUCCCCUGUUUACUGUCAGCUCUUAGCCAGAUGUUGAAAUACCUUGGAAACCGAAAGCUAAGCCACAUGUCUCUGUAGAAGGGUGAGGGCGCAUGGCUCUGCUUAGAGGAGGGGGAGAAAGGAAAGGAAUUGAGUGCAUGGUUUUAAGCGCUUCUAGGCAUGAUAAUCUAAUAGUAAUUGGAACACAGGCGGUGCUCCUUAAACCACUUAGCUGCUAUGGAUCAUACGUGAAAGGGUGCGUAGGACACAUGAGACACAGGAAUGUAGGACGCUGCUGGACAGACUCUGUCCAUCCAUGUCAGUAUUGUCUGCUUGGGGGAUGGGGAACAUUCUUCAAGGGCCACAUUCUCUUCUGAGCAACCUUCCAGGGGCCAUAUGCAGCAGGAACAGACUGGGCCAGAGGCAGAAGCAGGCAGAGCAACUAAUGUGAGUUGUCACCUCCGUGUAGGCGGGUGGUUUCUACAAUCUCAUCCACCCCUUGCUGACCUGCAUCCAGGCAAGCAAGAUGCAUGUUUGGAGUUCAGAGACACAUCCUAAGUCACACUGGAUAAGACUCCAGGAAUAGACUCUCUGGGGUUUGGCGUGGGCAGUCUGUGACAGUCUGUGAAGACUAUGAGGCUCCAGGAAAGGCUGUGAUUGAAAUGUCUUCAGACUGUGACCAGUAGGUGGCUGUGGUAGGGCCUUUGCUUGGCCUUGCUACACCAUAGUAGUAGUAGUAGUAGUAGUAGUAGUAGAAGAAGAAGAAGAAGAACUCAAGGAGAAUGCAAAGGAAGACUGGUGAGGGUUGUGGUUGAGGUCUAGCGCCGAGGGCCUUCUGGCAGUUCCAUCAUUGUGAGAAGCGAAGCUACAGCUUUGGCCAUGAUCACUAUGUUCUAUCUCCACAGUCUGAGCAGUGUGCCUCUGGAAGCCAGUUUCUGAGAAUCACAAGUGGGGAAAGCACGACUUCCCUUGUGCCCGGCUUGCAGGAUUCCAACUGGCAUCUGGUUGGCCACUGUGAGAACAGGAAGCUGGCCUCUGAUGGUCCUUAAUAGCUCAGUUAGGAAAGCAUGAGACUAUUAAUCUCAGGGUGGGCGAUGGGUUUGAGUGUGACGUUGGACAAAAGAUUUCUGCAUUGCAGGGGGUUGGACCAGAUGACUCUCGUGGCCCCUUCCAACUCUACAGUUCUACAAUUCUAUGAUCCAGCAAGUUCUCCUUCAGUUCUUCAUUCCUGAAAUAUUUGACUCCAUACCUUUCCCUGAAAUUUCCAGAUCCUUAAAUCCAUAGCCCAUUCUUUCACAAACCACAUUGCCCUUUUGGGGUGAGGGCGCUGCUUUGGUGGACAAAUGCCAGGUCCUCUGUGGUGCUCUGGGUCUGAAGUCCCCAUUCAUUUAGGCUGAUUGGCAGUGGGCCUUCAAGGUUUCAGACAGAGGUCCCCCGCCCCCGCAUCUGAUGCCAGAACCUUCUAAUUGGAGAUAGCAGGAGUUGAAUCUGGGGCCUCUUCUGCAGCUGCGCUCCAGCCUCUCCCUGAUCCAGGCUGGGUAGCAUCUCUCUCUCUUUCCCUCUUUCCAGCAGAGCCUUUAAUAGUUGCACAUCAGGAAGAAACUGCACACAGGGUAGGCAAAUUGGUGCCCAUCACUUCAUCUCCUUGUUGAGAAAAGCUGUUGAAUUUCUGCCUCCCACACGCCUUAGAGAGGCAGCUGGUUUUUUGUUUUGUUUUUCAAUGCAGAACAAUCUCUUUUUCCUCCCCACAAGCUGAAGGCAUUUGAAAGCAUGUGACGUUCUACUUUCUCAAUGUCAUAAAAAAUAUUUGGGAUACUGAUGCUGCGAGGAUGGCAGCAGUGCCUCAGCUCGUUUAAUUGUUUGUUUGAUGGAUCAGUUUCUCUCACACUCUAUACUGGGGGCUAUGAGGAACUUACAACAUUUCUGCUGAUUGUUAGUAGGCUGCCAUGGAUUUCCUGUCGGAGACAGGGCAGGGAACCCUUUUCAGGCUGCGGGCUGCAUUCCUUUAUGGGAAGCCACCAGGGUUUCCUGCAAACUGCUUUGAGGGUUUUUUGUUUUUGUUAUGAUCAAGUGGUGUAUAUAGUUUAUGAAAUAAACAAGCAUGCCUUCAGAGGGCUGCAUGCCAUUGGUGGGUGGAGCCAGAGGAAAUCCCCCCCCCCAUGCAGAUGGAGUUUUAACAAUGAAUAGACUAACUCAGGCAUCUCCAGCUGUUUUGGGACUACAAUUCCCACCAUCCCUGACCACUGGUCCUGUUAGCGAGGGAUGAUGGGAGUUGUAGUCCCAAAACAGCUGGUGGGCCAAGUUUGGCCAUGCCUGGACUAACGUAUAGUAGGGCAUGUGACUCCUUUCCAGUGCUACAUUCCAGUUCCACCAAAGCCAGAUGUUUCUACAAACAGCAGUCAUAUCUCCAUUCUUCAUCGAGGUAAGCAAGAGGCUCUAUCACAUUACAACAGUGUGUGUGUGUGUGUGUGUGUGUGAGAGAGAGAGAGAGAGAGAAAGAGAGAAGGGGGCGGGCAGAGAUUGUUACAAUCUGUUGCAAUCUGAUUUGAGGAUCAUUCAAUCCAAAGGCAGGAUAUAAAUCUCUUAAAGACCAGCUGCGUGAGGCUGCUUACUUAACUGCUAACUUAACUGCUUACUUAACCCUGCAGCACCCAUUACAUCAGGCUGUGUGUGUGAAAGAAAAGGGUGUCCUGCAAGCCUCCUCAUUGAGCUUUGCCAAAAGACCUGUUGGCUCCUCUCCAGUUUUCCCCCAUUCUUUUUCCACUGCAAGUUCUCUGUAGUUAAGACCUGAGCUUGCCUCCUCCCUCUUUUCCUUUUGUGUUGUGUCUCCUACAUGGUUAACCUGAGAGCAAAAAUGGUCUUCUCCCUGAUAUUAGUCACACUGAGAGCCUUUAUUGUUAUUAUUUGCCUGAAGAGAAGGAUGGAUAAAAAUGAUUACAAAUACAUACAUACAUACAUACGUACGUACUUACAUACAUGCAUACAUACAUACAUAGGUAAAGGUAAAGGGACCCCUGACCAUUAGGUCUAGUCGUGACCGACUCUGGGGUUGCAGCGCUCAUCUUGCUCUAUAGGCCGAGGGAGCUGGCGUACAGCUUCCGGGUCAUGUGGCCAGCAUGACUAAGCCGCUUCUGGCGAACCAGAGCAGCGCACAGAAACGCCAUUUACCUUCCCGCCGGAGUGGUACCUAUUUAUCUACUUGCACUCUGAGGUGCUUUCGAACUGCUAGGUUGGCAGGAGCAGGGAUCGAGCAAUGGGAGCUAACCCCUUGCGGGGAUUCGAACCGCCGACCUUCUGAUCGGCAAGUCCUAGGCUCUGUGGUUUAACCCACAGCGCCACCCGCAUACAUACAUACAUACAUAAUGUUGGAAGCAGAAUGCUUCUGAAUACCAGUUACUGGAAAUGGCAAGAGGGCAGAGUGCUGUUGCAUUCAGGGCUUCCGUUGGGCAUCUGCUUGGGCACUGCAAGAAUAGAAUGCUGGACUAGAUGGGCCACUGGCUUAAACCAGCAGGGCCCUUCUUAGGUUCUUAUGUAAGUAAUAGGGGCUGAUGCUCCUGCUCACUCCAACCUACCCACCCCAAUUUCCCCCACAAAAAUAUAGUAUUGAGGUAUGUAAGUGAGGACUAACUAACUAGCUGAAGAGGGGGAUGUUUGAAGCUCAACAGUAUGAGAGAAGGGAGGCCCACAAGAUUAGUUGCCAACAGUGGCAUCGUCAAAAUAUCCAGUCUUAUUUGCAAAUUUUGCUUUUCUGGGGCACAUGGCUUAUUUGAAGCGCCUUUGGAGAGUCUCUCCCUUCGAUUUGUGCUGCUACUUGCAAGCCUCAGUCAGCGCAGUUGUGGCAUGGCUAAAGUAAUUAAUCAAACAGCAUCCAUGGUGACUCGUUGGCGAACUUUGCAUUAAUGGACUCAUUAGUGCGCUACAUCUGAGAAGGUAGAGGAGAUGUAUGCGGCUCAGUGGCCUCUAGGAUAUCUCCAGGUGGGGUUUGGGUGUGUGUGGAUAUUUGCUAAAAUUAGCAUUUUCCAUUUCAGUGCUGUUGGUGCCACAGCAAUCCGACAAGGAAAAUGAAGGCUUUGCUUACUAGGCCAUUAUGCCUGUGGAGAAGAGAAUUGCUUUAUAGUCCUAUCUGCUUAGGCAAAUUUGGAAAUCAAAGAGGAUGAUAGCUUGAAGGCAUCAAGGUAGAAGCUGCAUUAACAUGACAGAGCUGGGGGGUUGGAUAAAAGCAAGCAGGCGGGAGUGGCAGCCUGAGCAUAUUUUUUUUAGUCUGAGGCCAAUUGUGAGUUUGCUCAUGCUGAUGCUCCAGGCUGAAAUCAUUGUUUUAUAGGGCUCAAUGCACCCUUUUAUAUCACCCCCUUGUGACACAAGAUCUCUGCUGAGUUGGUAGCUGCAGUACCGCUACUGGCCACCUGUAGUGGUGGUGCUGCAGCAUAACAGGGAACAGCUGAGGAACUCCAUCACAAGAAUAUUGAACCCUGCCUUAUGCUGAGUCAGACCAUUGAUACAGAGAAUAGGAUAUGUGAAAAAGUCCUCCUUUUUGUCUGUGCUGAAUAUCCCACCAUUCUAGGUAAAGGUAAAGGGACCCCUGACCAUUAGGUCCAGUUGUGACUGACUCUGGGGUUGCGGUGCUCAUCUCACUUUAUUGGCCAAGGGAGCCGGCCUACAGCUUCCCGGUCAUGUGGCCAGCAUGACUUAGGCACUUCUGGCGAACCAGAGGAUCGCACGGAAACACCGUUUACCUUCCUGCCGGAGCGGUACCUAUUUAUCUACUUGCACUUUGACGUUCUUUCGAACUGCUAGGUGGGCAGGAGCAGGGACCGAGCAAUGGGAGCUCACCCCGUUGCGGGGAUUCGAACCGCGACCUUCUGAUCGGCAAGUCCUAGGCUCUGUGGUUUAACCCACAGCGCCACCUGCGUCCCAUCUGCCUACUGAGCAGCAACUCCCACUAUGAGUUAAAGGAGUGGUGCUGAGCUGCUGGAACUUGCUCAGAUCAUGAUGGAGACAAGUCUUCUCUUUCUGGAGGCUAGGGACAAAUUUCUGACAAUAACUCUUCAGCAGGGUGAAAUUGUCAGGUUGAUUUUAACAGAGCUAUCUUUAUGUGCUGUGUGCGUCUGCAGGACACGGAAGUCCUGAACACAGCCAUCCUGACGGGGAAGCCGGUGUCUGUCCCAGUAAAGGUGGUUGCCGUUGAAGAAGAUGGAUCGGUGAGAGAUGUGUCUGGUUCCACCGAAUGCAGAUCAGCUGAUGAAGACGUCAUAAAGGUAAGGAAGUCCACCCCAGUUCUAAACAGAUGCCUUUGAGAUGGUCACAAGAAGAGCCUGACCAAGGUGGCCUUCUCCUAUACCUGGUAUUCAGAGAGAUAACACUGCCUCUGAAAAUAGAGGUCCUUUAUUCACUGAUGGUAUUUUACUCCAUGAAUUCACCUAUUCAUCAUCACUCCUAACAAUGAACUCAAGUGGUGAGUGCCAACAGCAGUGGGACCUCUGAGAAACAAGAGGGUAGUAUCAACAUACCCUGAUGUUUGCAGAAGUAUGACCUUUCUACAAGCCCAGGGACUGAGCAUGCUCUGUCUUUAUUUAGUGUUCAUUGUCAGUUGGAAAAGAAAAUUGGAAAAUGAAAGUAGUGAUGCAGACUCUGGUAUUCAGCUUUUGGAAAGCACCAUCAUGUAAAAGAUGUGUGUGCAAAAAGCUAGCACAUCAAAGGUAAAGUUUGCAACCUAGCCUCUUCCUCCUGUGUUCAUUUUCUAAUUGCAGGGGGAUUUUUCUUGCAGGAGAACAUUCAAAAUGCGAGCAUCCACCUGAAAUAUUUUCAAGACUCUGCUAUCACACCCACAGCACAUUCACUUGCAUGUGCAGACCAGCACCGUGUAUGGAAAAACUAGUCAGGGCUGCAAAGCAUGGAUGGGGAACCUGUGGACCUCCAGAUGUCACAGAACUCCCAUCAGCCUCAGCUAGCAAGGCCAAUGGUAAGAGAUUAUGGGAGCUGGAGUCCAGCAGCAUCUGGAGGGCCACAGGUUCCCCAACUUUCCUCUAGAAUUAUUUCAAAUACUCUUGCAGCUUCUGGAAGCAGACAUUUCCUUCUGGAUUUCAUGCUGCUAAUGAUUUGCAAGCUGGCAUAUAUGUCCCCUGUGGAUUUCUGUUUGAACCUCCAAGUCUCGCCUCUUUGUAUUUUAUGCUCAUCAGUCUAACCUUUUAUUUUGAGUUGACAUAUGACUGGUGAUAGCUUCAAAGGUAGCAGAGGCUUUGUCAGAGAAUCAUUAAUUGGGGAUCUUAAGUGGGCUGGGAAAUAUUAGGGCUGGCCUAUUAUUCAUUCUCAAAUAGACAGCUCUGGUUUUUAUACCAGACCCCGAAACUCACCUUCGCACCUUACUUUUAAAGACUUUGAAUGAGUUCAAGUAGAAUGAAACAAUGGGGGAGGGAAGAAAGUUCAGCAAAUUCUCCAAGUCAUUUUGCAGCUUUGAAUUUGGCAGCUAAGAAAUGUGACCUAAACUUUUAUUGAGUAAAAUACGGGAAUAUAGUAUAUGGGAUACAGCAAUGUCCAAGCUUCUUACCAUUGCAUUAAAGGCAUAAUGAAUAGAGACACCUUCCAAGAAAUGUAGACCCCUUUCUUUAAUGAUGUUAAUGGCCCAAAUCAAAACCUUGUUAUACCAACCACUCAAUACUUCACAGUGGGGAGAUUGUGUUAAGUAAUACGUUAGCAUGUUGAAUGUGUAAGUUUAUGUCUAGAGUCAAUGGAUAAAAGAAACAUAAUUAGAUAUACUGCUGGAUAAGUGUUUAAUGGUUCUUGUAUUUGUUUAAAAACAAAAAUUUGUUGCAAAAAAUGUGGAGGGGGGAGAAAAAGUCUCCCUCUCUUCUUAUUGUAGUUUCUAAGGCAGAGGAACCAGUGGCUCCCCAGAUGUUGCAGAACUUCACCUCCCACCAUCCCAGCUAGCAUGGCCAAUGAUCAGGGAUAAUUGAAGUUGUAGCCCAACAGUAUUAGACUUGUUUUGCAGGGGUGGGUGGGUCCCUUCCUAGAAAUUUUGACUCAGCUCUGCUUUGUACUGGAAUUGGCAAGGGCUUAAUUCUUCAAGAAUCCUUACCUGUGCCACCCAAACUGUUCAAGGGGUUAACUCUGCCUGCAUGCCACCUGUGCUAAAUUAUGAAUGACUCCUACCAUCACUGCUUCUCUGAUGGCAACCAAGCUACCCCACUGCAGCUGAAACUUCUACAUGCUAAAAAGGUAAAGGUGAAGGGACCCCUGACCAUUAGGUCCAGUUGUGGCCGACUCUGGGGUUGCGGCACUCAUCUUGCUUUAUUGGCCAAGGGAGCCAGCGUACAGCUUCUGGGUCAUGUGGCCAGCAUGACUAAACCGCUUCUGGCAAACCAGGAAGCCAUAGAAAUAGACUGGAGAAUGAAAAUAAUGCUUCCUCAUUACAGGAAAGUGGGACAAAUGAUUGAUCAGAAAAUGUAUCUUAUUGAAGAAGGCCCAUGCCACAUUGCAGCACUAAUGGAUAAAAUGGGUGUUGCAUCAGAAAACGUGUUCUAGUCCAGACAGGGUGAACCUUAGCUAGAGACCCACAUCAUGGCCACAGCUUUGCCUGUGACCCACCUGGGAUGGUCUUGCAACCCACCUGUGGGUCCCAACUGGUUGACGAUGACCUAUGGAGUAGAUAUUACUGAGCUAGAUGGACCAGCAGCCUGCCUCAGUAUAUCUAUGGCAGCUUCUUCUGUUCCACCCCAUCAUAAGGAGGUGUUUGUGUGCCAGCCUUCUGCAGACCGUGCAUUCCUGAGACAGUUAAACCAUCAUUUCUGUAUACACAGUCAGGAUAGCGGUGUGAUUAAGUGAUGUGUUUGCCCUGCCUUCCCAAAGAGCAUUGAAAAGGUCAGCUAGUGCUUCUGAUCCCUGCCAUUGAUUUUGAGAAUACCCUGGAUCAGAAGAGAUAGAGUAAAGAAAUAUUGUAAGAUCACUGCCACUGAAAGAUGAAAAGAGAGGAUAACCCUUGUUGCUCUGCUUCUUGCCAGUGGCCAGGGAUGAUGGGAGUUGGGAGCUCAGUAACAUCUGGUGGGUAAAAUGUUAGCCACCCCUGGUGCAAGGAAGAGUGAGCUCAGCAAACCAGUUUUUUGACUUGGCAUAAGGCAUUUCCCUUCGCUCUUGUAUCUCCUCUGGCUUGAACAAAAACACCUCACUUUUCUUGUGACUUUCGUGACUUCCUGGAGAUUAAACAUCCUAAAAGCUACGGUUGCAUUGUUUAAUUCAUGAGCAAACUAGAUUAAUCAGUUCAGAUGGUUUCAAUGGACUUGAAGAAUAAAGAAAUCAUUUCAUCCCACUCGUAAAAUGUAAGAGCAGAUAUAUUAAAACAGCACUCUUAUAACCUUUAAAGGGCAAAAUCCCCAUAGGAACAUGUAGAAAUGUGUGGUCCCUAAUAUCCAUUUGGCCAAAUGCGUUUUGACAAAGUCUUCUUCAACGGCUGGAUAUUUCCUUAGGCUUUGAUGUAAGGGAACACCAUUCUUAAAUGAGGACAAGUUGUAUCAAAAUGUAGGAUACUUACAUCCUCUCAGGUGAGCCAACUUGGGACCCAUACCGUGGGUGCCCAGUGUGCAUGUGCCAAACCUCUCCACACGUCAUGAUGUUGGCACAGCAUGCACACGUCCUCUGGCACUGUGGUGGCAACUGGGCCAGGACCUGUGCCUCCACUGUGGAGCCUCUGUUGAGGCCUGUGGCUGCGGCUGCACCCUGGAAGCAUGUCUGCGGCUUCAGCAGGCCUCAACAGAGGCCCCACGGUGGAGGCGCCAGCCCCGGUCCAGUCAUGGCUGCAGUGCUGGAGCGCCAGAGAUAAAAUGGCAGGCAGCAGGCGACAGGGGCAGAGGCCCAACAGCCACAGCAAAAACUUUUUGGGUGCCUGGGCUCCCAGGGCCCCCUGGAGUUGGCACCAGUGCAUCCCCUCAGUUUCUUGUUUUACUGUUUUAAUCAGAAUAAAAAAAUUCCUUCCAGUAGCACCUUAGAGACCAACCAAGUUUGUUAUUGGUAUGAGCUUUUGUGUAUCUGAAGAAGUGUGCAUGCACAUGAAAGCUCAUACCAUUAACAAACGUAGUUGGUCUCUAAGGUGCUACAGGAAGGAAUUUUUAAAUUUUGUUUCAGCUACGGCAGACCAACACCUACCUGCUUUAAUCAGGAAAUAGUAAUUUUGGCAGGUACAGUGGUACCUCGGGUUAAGUACUUAAUUAGUUCUGGAGAUCCGUUCUUAACCUGAAACUGUUCUUAACCUGAAGUACCACUUUAGCUAAUGGGGCCUCCCACUGCUGCUGCUCCUGCGCCGCCCCACACGAUUUCUGUUCUCAUCCUGAAGCAAAGUUCUUAACUCGAGGUACUAUUUCUGGGUUAGCGGAGUCUGUAACCUGAAGCGUCUGUAACCUGAAGUGUACGUAACCCAAGGUACCACUGUUCUAAUGAGCCAUGAAAAAAUAUAGCCAUGUGCUUCUUCUUUUUUUAAGUCUGAUGACUCUUUCUCAUCCCCUCUCUCACUAACUUUGCUCUAAUAAGAAAAUAAGAAUGCCUCUCGCUUGCAAGACCAGGCCAAUGACCCAUCUAGUCCAUCCUGCUCUCACAGUGGCCAACCGGAUGCCCAUGUGAACAAGCAGGACCUGAGUGCAACCAUGCUCUCUCCUGGUAUUCAGAAACAUACUGUGUUUAGCCAUCCUAACUUGAAGCUAUUGACUCAGCGUCUCCUCCUCUCUCUCAGGAAGAAAAGUCUGUUCUAAGAUAAUGCCUGCUGUGACACACACACAGACAUCUAAAAACAAAGAAAAUAUACUUCCUUCCCCCCACUUUAGAACUGUUAUUUUCCUUGAUAAUGGAAAUUUGUGCAGAUGUAAUCAAUUAAUUGACUGAUUAGAGGAUUAGCUGAUUCAAACUCCCACAAUCUGACUAAGAUUCCUUUAAACUUGAGUGACAGCCAAAACUUCCCUUUUCAUGGCCACAUAACUCUGCUGCAGUUCUUAUCUGAUGAGGGACUUUCUUAUUUAUCACUCCACAAUAAAUUGUAACUCUUGUAAACCCUCGAAGUUAUAAAUCACCCGUUUGUUCCUUGCCGUCUCUUAUUUCCUCCCCCUCCCCUCUUCACUUCAUUACGCCACACAGAGAUGUGUUAAGAUAGCAUUUGUAGACUUAUCUUGGUGUUAAUUGAGUUUCCAACAUUUUUUUAAAAAUUUUUUGCUGAGGUAUUUAGGUGUUACUGAGCACCAAAUAACACUGACUGGGGAAAUGUCAUUAAAAAGGAUUAGGUGCCCAGGAACAUUAAUAUCUUUGUAGUGUGUGGGAGGUGCUGCAUUUGAAAACUCUCCCAUUAAAAGAUACAUCCCACAACACAAAGUAGCUAAGGUGAGAUCUCAUAUUGGGCCAGUUGGAUUUGUAAGCUAGCAAGAACACAGAACUCUUUUGGGGAUCAAUGAAUGAACGAAUGAAUGAAUGAAUCAAUCAAUCAAUCAAUCAAUCAAUCAUAUUAUUUGAAUUCUGCCUUCCAAAGUUAGAACCAUGCUCAAGGCGGCUUACAACAUAUAAAAAAUACAUAAUUACAAACAUAACAAAACAUAACAUAACAGCAACAUCACCCCCUAAAACCCCCCUAAACAAUACCCCAACCCAAGAGUUGAAUGAUACAGUGGUACCUCGAGUUAUAUACGCUUCAGGGUUACAUACACUUCAGGUUACAGACUCCGCUAACCCAGAAAUAGUGCCUCAGGUUAAGAAUUUUGCUUCAGGGUGAGAACAGAAAUUGUGCUCUGGCGGCGCGGCAGCAGCAGGAGGCCCCAUUAGCUAAAGUGGUGCUUCAGGUUAAGAACAGUUUCAGGUUAAGAACGGACCUCUGGAACGAAUUAACUACUUAACCAGAGGUACCACUGUACAUGCAAAUCCUCUGAAGGAGUAGAAGCAGCAGCAGACAUUGCUUCUCCUGUGACACUGCUUCUUAGUUCCAUCUCUAUCCUUUUUAGUCCCAUUUCCUCACUUCUUCGGCUGCACAUCUGGGAUCCUGCUGAUCCCAGCAGCACUAGAAAAGUGAUGAGCAGAAAGAAGGCCGCAUGACAGAGGAGACCACAGAAGAGAAGAUAUUAUUUCUUAUUUUUUUAAAAAAUAACUUUUUAAAUAACUUUUUUCUCUUUUCAAAAAAAAGAAAAAUGUACCCGGAUUCUUUGAAAAAAAUCUGGUAGCUAGCCUUACACAAACAGCCAAAGACACUGUAAUUCUAUCCAGAGUGAAGAGUCCAGUCACAACAAAGUAAUAAUGUUUCACAAUUACCUAAAAAAAGGUAAAGGGACCCCUGACCAUUAGGUCCAGUCGUGGCUGACUCUGGGGUUGCGGCACUCAUCUCGCUUUAUUGGCCGAGGGAGCCGGCAUACAGCUUCCGGGUCAUGUGGCCAGCAUGACUAAGCCGCUUCUGGCAAAUCAGAGCAGCGCACGGAAAUGCCGUUUACCUUCCCGCCAGAGUGGUACCUAUUUAUCUACUUGCACUUUGACGUGCUUUCGAACUGCUAGGUUGGCAGGAGCAGGGACUGAGCAAUGGGAGCUCACCCCGUCGCGGGGAUUCGAGUCGCCGACCUUCUGAUCGGCAGGUCCUAGGCUCUGUGGUUUAACCCACAGCGCCACGUGAGCCAAAAUAAUCUGGAGCUAACUGAUAGUACAAGUUGUUCCGGUCUUUUGCAUAUGAAUCCUGAGAAACUCACACACCCUUUCCUUCCCUUUCUGUCCUCCACAAGUGAGACACUGUUCUAAGCCUCACCAGGCAGCGUGCAUGUAAUUGCCUAAUUUUGUGCUUCUUUACCCCAUUAAUUCUGUCCCUUGUUGUUCUUUUCUAAUUGAUGAAAUGUGUCGUGUCCCGUUGGCCGUGGCAAACGACGUGGCAUUCUUAACCUUUGAUGCUUUGCUUAGUUGAUUUUGAUUAAGAAGAUUGAGCAAGACGGGGCUAACUGGAUGGGCCAUGAGUUCAUCUCCCCGCUCCCCAAACUUUGGCCUUUCUGGGAAAGAACUGGAGUGCUGUGCCUCCCUGACUGGAAACUCUGGCACAAUCCACUCUCCUACUUUGUCACCCUUUUGAGGAAGAGCCCUGCUAUCUGUGUCCAGCACAAUUGCACCAAAAUUCAGCCACUCACAUUUAUUAUAUUGUUACCACCCUGUGAUCUUCAGAUGAAUGGGAGUACAGUGGUACCUCGGGUUACAGACGCUUCAGGCUACAUACGCUUCAGGUUACAGACUCUGCUAACCCAGAAAUAGUACCUCGGGUUAAGAACUUUGCUUCAGGUUGAGAACAGAAAUCGUGCUCCAGCGAUGUGGCAGCAGCGGGAGGCCCCAUUAGCUAAAGUGUUCUUCAGGUUAAGAACAGUUCGACCUCCGGAACGAAACUUAACCCAAGGUACCACUGUAUAGAAGUUUAAAAUAAAUAAAAUAAAAUAAAAUAAAAUAAAAUAAAAUAAAAUAAAAGCUAGCAAAAUGUCUGCCAUUAUAUGGGAGGGCUGUGCGUAGUCAAAUAUCAUGAGGACAUUUGGAACUGCAGUCACUGGCCAAGGAAGGGAGGGGCAGGGGGAGCGCACCACCCCCAGCACCAUUGGGGAGGGGGGUACCAUCGCAGCCGCCACCCUGGACAUGCGCUGUGCACCCUCCCAUCGUGCCAGGCACCAUGCCCCUGCAGGUGGUGCCACGCCCCCUGGACGCAUGCUGCGCCCUGUUUGUGGCAUGCCAUGCUUCCGGGGAAUGCGCCACACACCCCGGGGCACACGCCAUCCACGCCCCCGCCUGCUUUCCACCCCCAGAACUGGAGCAUGCAGUUUCGCCACUGACUGCAGUGCAUCUCUGGACAAUGGACCUUGGGUGGCUGUUGAGACAACUCAGGAGAUGACAGUCGAGCUACAAAGCUGGAACUGUGGUGAACCAGAUGCCUUAUGGACAAGGCUUUCCCCCCAGCCUGAACUCAUAGGAACUCAGUUCCAGCACCUCUCAGGCGGGUGCUAUUGGCAUUAUAAGGGAACAAGGGAGGCGAUUUCCAGCACCUCUUUUUCUAGAAAAAUAGAACUGCUUAUAGGAAAUCCACUGCUUAUGGGAAACAGCAUCUGAGUGCAACAGGACUCUCCCUGCUUGCAAUUCCCAGAAACUGGUAUUCAGAGACAUAUUGCCUCUGACAUUGGAGGCAGAGCAGAGCCAUCAUGGCUAGUCGCCCCCAAUAGCCUUAUAUUCCAGGAAUUUGUUUUAUCUCAUUCUAAAAGCAUCCAGUCAAUUGAGCCUCAAAUGCUAUUUGCAAACAGUAACCCCAUCAUUCUGGUGCAUUUUCCACUAUGGCCCCCAGACCUUCAAACUGGUCGUCAUCGGAAGAGGCAGCCAAAUAUUAUUUACUUUGCUCUUCUUGAGAUCUGCAAUCAACCUUGCGCUCCCUCUGCUCUGUGAGCUUUAAUCAGAUUUCUCUAAACAUUGCUUGAGCGAAUGUGUUUGUGGUUUAAUUUACCUGCACCUGCCUUCUGGCAACGUGUUCAAAGAGUCACUCCCUGGGGACGUAUAAUUGACACUGAAGACAGAGAUGAUGAGUCUGACACGCCACCCUCGUUCUGAAGUACCUGCAGUUAAUUUAGGUGACAUAAAAGACUCUCGCCGUUGACAGGUCCCAGCUCCUUUCCCCCUCGAGUGGAAGGCUUGUGGGGGAUACUUUACCUUAUUAUUAGCUUCAUUUUAUUUUAAAUUUCCAGCUGGAAAUUGGAAUGUAGCCACAAUUGGGGGAAACACCUCUUAGAGUCAAAAGCUUUCCUGCUUCUGAGCUUCAUAUGUUGUAUUUUUUUUUAAAAAAAUGAUAUUUAUUAAAAUUUCAAAAAAUACAGAAUACAGAAAAAAGUAUAAAGUUUUUAAGAUAUAACAAAAAAGUAAAAAAUAAAAAAACCAUACAGAAUAAAACAGUUAAAAACACGUUAAUUUUCCAUAGCCUAUCUUCCUUACACUUAUUUCCCCGGACCUCCUCGUACCUCCCUUUUUGUAUUCCAGUUCAGUUUGUUAGUUCAGCAAAUCCUUACCAUUAAGCUUUUACCUAUUUAUAAAACCUUUUUUCGUAUCUCUUAAAGCAUUACAGCUGGAAACCACUUAGUUUCUAUCCAACAUCCUUCUAAAAUUCCUUAAUUUUACAAUAUUUCUGUAAAUAGUCUUUAAAUUUCUUCCAGUCUUCUUUCACCGACUCUUCUCCCUGGUCUCGGCUGAGCUUAAUAUGUUGUAAGCUGUCCUGAGUGACGUGUUAUUUACACCAGAAGCUAUAGAUGGCCUGAGAAAGAAAUACCGUAUUUUUCACUCUAUAGGAUGCACUUUUUCCCUUCAAAAAAUUAAGGUGAAAUGUGUGUGCAUCCUAUGGAGCGAAUGCAGGCUCCUUGGCUUCAGCGAUAUCAACACGAAGCGUCCAAAGCACAGAGGGAGCGCUCCCUCCGCGCUCCGGAGGCUACGCGUUGCUUUCACUGAAGUCUGGAGAGCGAGAGGGGUCGGUGCGCACCAACCCCUCUCACUCUCCAGGCUUCAGGGAUAGCCGCCCGAAGCCUUUGGAGUGCAGCGGGACCUUGCACUGCGCUCCAAAGGCUUCGGGUUCCUUUUGCUAGAGCUGGGAGAGCAACCUUGCCGCCGCUCCCGGACCUGUUCUGGGGGCUGGGGUCGGGGGAAGCUCGGGAAGGUAAAUAGCGUUUCCGUGCGCUGCUCUGGUUUGCCAGAAGCGGCUUAGUCAUGCUGGCCACAUGACCCGGAAGCUGUGCGCCGGCUCCCUUGGCCAAUAAAGCGAGAUGAGUGCCGCAACCCCAGAGUCGGCCACAACUGGACCUAAUGGUCAGGGGUCCCUUUACCUUUUUACUAAAAACUAAAAGAGACUACUGGACUGCAUGAGUAUUACAGUUCUCACUCAGCCAUCUAAUCACUAUAGAGAUAACACAGAGACUCCCACAGAGUCAGGCAGAAGCAAAGAGCAGUUUCUGCCCCCUCCUCUCUGAAAACAUUGUUAGGAGAUUCUUGCAAUGUGAGGGGGUGAAAAUAUCCACAUCACAUUCAUUACUGGCCCUGCUACAUGUCCUCCUUGAGUAUUUUCCCCUGGCUGCAGGGUCACCAAGAAGCAGUGGCAUAGCGUGGGUUGCCAGCACCUGGGGACACAUGGAGGGGGUGGGAGGAAGGGAAAUGGAUGGAGUAUGCGUGCACAUUUGACUGCCUAAUGGUCUCUGCGUCAUGGGGGGGGGGGAUCACAGCCACAGAGAUAAGAAAAAAAGAGUCCUUCCAUUGUCUGGAGAGGUCACUUCCUGGUUUGUAUGGAAAAGCCAUUUUCAAUGGAGCCCAGAGACGGAAGUGCGCAGCUGUAUUGAGGCAGCACUAGGUGUUGACAUUUUUCGCCCCUAACCAUUUUGCUCCUGGGGCAACUGCCCUUGUGAUUCCCCCCCCCCACUGCGCCACUGCCAAGAAGUACAGAGGGUAUUGUUGUAUUGGCCCACAGAUUAAAUUAAAAGGGGGAGAACCAUGUACAGUGGUGCCUCGCAAGACGAAAUUAAUUCGUUCCGCAAGUCUCUUCGUCUUGCGAGUUUUUCGUCUUGCGAUGCACGGUUUCCCAUAGGAAUGCAUUGAAAAUCAAUUAAUGCGUUCCUAGGGAAACCGCCACUUUUUGCUCCUUGGAGAAAAAUGUGGGAGAUAAAUGCAAUGAUUAAUAAUAAUAAUAGCAGCAAAAAAUAACAAUAAAUUCAUACAUACAUAUUGGGUGAAGGGUGUUUGUGAAUGCAUUCCAUCCUGCAAAAAUGACUGAUAGGUCCAUAACUGUAUGAUGUUAACCUAUAGGCUGCUUACAGUAGAAAAUGAGUUGACUCUUCAGUGAAAGCUGGUUCAUUAGGGUAAAGGGGGCACUUCCCUAUCAAGCACAGUCCGCCCUCAGGCAGCCCCCCCACCCCCAAUCUGCCUGCUUCCUUUGGUUACAACCACUCCAGCGGGUGACACUGGCUAUUGGCCUCAUCUUCCUGAGUUUCUUUGUUGCCUUUGUAGAAUUCAGCAGGGAUGAGGACAAACCAGAAUGCAUUGAUUCCACCCAUGGGUGUAGCCAAGGGGGUGGGGGGCACCUGCCCCCCAUCAAGUAAAGCAAUAAAAAUACUUAACUAACUGACCAAUCAGUCAGCUUUGCCUACUGUUGGCCUCCCUGCCUUAAAUAAUAAUAAUAAUAAUAAUAAUAAUAAUAAUAAUAAUAAUUUAUACCCCGCCCAUCUGGCUGGGUUUCCCCAGCCACUCUGGGUGGCUUCCAACAGAACACUAAAAUACAAUAACCUAUUAAACAUUAAAAGCUUCCCUAAACAGGGCUGCCUUCAGAUGUGCCUAUGGGCACCAGUCUCCAACAAAGAAGCUGAAAUAUGGGUGAUGCCCCUGUCAAUCAUGUAUAGCUCUGCUUCUUUCCUCCUGGUAUAAUCCCAGCUUUGCAGGCCUGCUACAUCCUGAUGAGUGUUUGACAGAGGGGGGGCGGGGGGGGACACAGCCAUGAUCAGGAGACAAAAAACCAUAUAACUAUCCACACUCCCUAAUGACUCCAAAGAGAAUGGAAUCAUUCCUGUGAAUGGGAAGAUAAUGAGCAGAGAUACAAGAGCUGUUUCAAGUUUUGAAACAAGGCUUCUAGAAUGGAUGAGCUGCUGUAAUGAAGUGGGGAAGCUCACUUUCUUGAGUUCCACUGAUCUAUUUGUUUGAAUGGCACCAGCAGGCAGGUUGAGUCCUGUGCAGAGACCAUUUAUUUCAGCUGGAAUCCAAAGAGAUUUGCACACCCUCUCCACUGAGUUUGGGAAUCCCAGUUGAAUUUUGACAUAAUAAAAUAAACAAAACAAAACAAAACACAUCCCCUUCAUCUCAGGCUUGUCACUGUUGUUGUUCAUAUUAUUAGGGGCAGCAGAAGAUUUAUAGCUCACCUUUUCUCCAAAGAGCUCAAGGCAGCAUUCUUGACUGCCCGCCUCAUAUUUUAUCCUCGCAACAACCCUGUGAGGUAGGUCAGGCUGAGAGGCAGUGACUGGCCCAGGAUUACCUUGUAAGUUUUGUGGGUGGGUGGGGAUUGGGACUAGUCCAGCACUCUCACCAAGACAACCUGCUGGCAUGUUUGAUGUCAGUGGAGGGCUGCUUGUAACUCCAGAGCCUUACAAUCUAUUGUGUGCUGCCUCGGCUCAGUUUUAUAAGGGUCUUCUAUAACUGCACAUGAGCUGGGAGUGUGUACUUCUCCGCUUGCAAAUUGGCCCCUAAGGCAUGGGUGGGGAGAGGGCUAAUGGGCUUAUGUUCUGCAUGUGGACAUCUGACUGGUCACUGUGGGAAGACCAAUCCCCUUCCCUGGGGGGCGGCAUUGCUGGUGUGCAUCUGGGACCUCCCAGUGACCCGGCAGUGGGCGGAGGGAUGCUGCCCACGUCAUUAGGACUCCCAGCCAUGUCACGCCCUGGCUGACCAAUCGGGUUAGCCGGGGGGCUGUUUAAACUGCGUUGUGGCUGGGGGGCCGACCUCCAUUCACCUUCUUGUCGGAUCUCCCAGCCCACCCUCCCUCUUUUUAUGCAUUGCUUGACUUUGGCCUUGCUAUGGACUAACGUCAAUCGCCUGGUUGUUGGGCGCCAGGUAGGAAUUUUUCCACUUGGCAAAUUGGCACCAGCCAUUUGGUUUUUGCCAACCUUGUAGCAAUCAUCACAACUUUGUAAAGUUAGGCGUUGGGUAAGCCUUGUUUAUAGGGACGCGGGUGGCGCUGUGGGUUAAACCACAGAGCCUAGGACUUGCCGAUCAGAAGGUCGGUCGUUCGAAUCCCCGCAACGGGGUGAGCUCCUGUUGCUCGGUCCCAGCUCCUGCCAACCUAGCAGUUCGAAAGCACGUCGAAGUGCAAGUAGAUAAAUAGGUACCGCUCCGGCGGGAAGGUAAACGGUGUUUCUGUGUGCUGCUCUGGUUCACCAGAAGUGGCUUACUCAUGCUGGCCACAUGACCCGGAAGCUGUACACCGGCUCCCUUGGCCAAUAAAGUGAGAUGAGCGCCGCAACCCCAGAGUCGGCCAUGAGUGGACCGAAUGGUCAGGGGUCCCUUUACCUUUAAGCCUUGUUUAUGGGAGGGGAGGUUGUUGCCUCCACCUGCCCCUCCUCAUUAAGGGUAUCCCGUUAAAAGCAUCCGGGUGUGUGUGUGGAUCCUGUCUGAAGCCUGGGCGUGGGCUAGGGCUAUGCCACAACCCCAUUGGUGACCCUGGGGGUGCUCUUAAUUGAUGUAUAUCAUAGGGCUCCCCUUAUCGGUGGUUGACCCUUCAGAGACUUCCUGCAGACGGGCAGGAGUCAGGAUAUAGUCUGGCUUCACCCAAAUACACCAAACCGCUUGCAUCUGCAACCAAUAAAGUUGUGGCCUAAUUUAUCUCAAUUAACCCAAUAUAUUCAUGUCUGUGUGUUUAUUUCUGAGGGAACUGCGGGGCCCGGGGCCUCGCCACGCAACAGGGUGCUGAACUGGCUGGACUGGGCGCCUGAUGCAACAGGUUCUUCUUCUGUCUUUAUCCUCUCGCUCCUGAUUAAAUCGAAGGAAUAUUUCCAGCCACAAGUCUGCUCCACAGUCUUCCCUAGUGUUUCCAUUGUAUUGAUUUUCAUUUAUUUGUUUGCUUGCUUGCUUGAAAGACUGUAAACUGAGUACCUAAAGAAAAGAGACAAAGCCCAUAUUUACAUUUCUUUUACACUUCAGGAAAGAAUGCAGGCUCUCCUUUCCUCCCUACACACCCUUAAUUCACUCUUCUCCUCUGACAAAGCAUAAGCACCAGGUUUUUCUUCCCCUCAGCCGUUCUGAAGCUUCUGAUCUUAAAGCACCUCUCCUUCUCAGUCCCCCCCACCCCAGACAAUGAUUCAUCUUGCUGAGCAUUUGAAAUAUGAUUAUUAUUUUUUUCCCCUUCCCAGAUUGGGAAGCUGUUUGUUCAAACGUGUGGAUUUGGUCUUCUACUUCUGAGGACUGUAGCACAUUUGUAGCAUGUAAAUUGGAAAGCAAACAGACAGGCACACUCUAAAACUUUGGCAAGGUGUGAAAAUAGUGAAGCCAAAACAGGGUCUGCCAAGUAUUUUUGAGAGUGCAUCUGGGUGGGCCGAACUAUCCAGCUGUUGCUGAUAAAAUGAAUGGGUUUGUGUCAGUGUUUUCAAUUUUCAAGAUUUUAAGUCUUAUUUGUCCUUCACCAGUCUCAGGACUUAACUAGAUGGGAUGAGGAUGAUCAUUAGUAAUAAUAUUAUUUACCUUCCCUUCAUCCUAAGGUCCCAGGAUGCAACAUACAAAAUUAAAAACAGUUUAAAACAAACCGCAAUCACAAAACAGGGUGCAUCCUAAAUCUAUACAGCUCAGGGGUCAAAGGUCAGGGUAAAGAGGUGUGUCCAGCUAUCACUGAAAACUGUGGAAAUGCCAGAUGUAGGAAGUCCCACAGUUUAAGGGCUCCCACAGAUAAUGCCCUCUCCUGGGUCACACACAGAGGCGGAACAAGGCGGGUGCGGCACUUUCCAGGUGCCAUCCUGAUGGGGGUGACAUUCCGCCCCCCGCCUGCCCGCGACUCCCAAGCCUACAGCAACCCGGGGAAAGGGGGCAGCUGCAAAGUGAUGCGCAAGGGAAGCCUACCCACUAGACGUUGGCUCUGCGCGGCUUUGCAGCUCCAGCUCUCUCAGAGCUGCAGCCACGAGCAGGGGAUCCCACCGCCGUCCAUAUGUCAGCGCGUGCACGGCAUGUAGCGGUGCUGCACAUGUGCCUUAAGUACGGCGCAUGCACAUGUGCCACCAGGCGGUUUGUCCCACCCCCCGACACCCCGCACUGGGUGCCGGUUAGCCUUCCUUCGCCCCUGGUCACACAUCCACAGAUGAGCUUCUGAGAGUGGCAUUACUACUAAGAGUAGUAACACCAAAGAGAGUCUGUAGGGAAAGAGUCAGUCUUUCAGAUAUUUGAGGCCCGAGUCUUUUGGGGAUGUGGGUAGUCCUUUAUUGGAUCUCCUACACUGGCUUUCCUCCAGAUAUUUUGAACUAGCUCCCAUCAGCCCCACAUGAAUCCCCACAUCACUUCCAGUCUGAGCAGAAGGAAGAAGGGUAUUCGCUGAUGCUGUGCAAGGGACGAUUCUUCCCCCAAAAGCAGUGCCAGAUUUACAUAUAAAGAAGCUAUAGCUUAGGGCCCCACUCUCUUGGAGGCCCCCACAAAAUGAUGUUGGACAUCACAAUUGCUGAAUACACAAAGCUUCGCAUCUUGUCUUUCAUCGUACAAAGUCUGGUACCUUGCUUCAUUUAAAGAUUUUCAGAGACUUUGAGACUAAAGAUUUCAUUUUGGACUUCUUAUGGUUUGAAGGAAUUCUAUAAAAGAUUGUUUAUUGCGUAUGUACAUGGUCAUCGUGUUGCCUAGACAUUGCUGACGUUCUCUUUGCAACACAGGGGUUUGUUUGGUUACUUAUUGCUUUUGAUGUUGGCUUGAAGGAAUUGGCCCACCAAAUGAAGUUCCCAGUUGCAUCUGCCCACUUCUCCUAAAGGAUUGUGGAGGAUGGGUCUAGUUCCCAGCCUCUAUCUUAGAUUAUAGCUAAGCUUCUCAAUUGAUGCUGGCUUUUUUUUAUAUAGGAAAGUCAUGCCAAUUUCAGCAAAAUUCUCCCGAGUUUAUGCAAGAAGGAGCCUUCCACCUUUGCAUGCUCUGAAAGGAAUCUAGGGGCUCUUUGUCAAAGCGGCACGAGUUUUCUGACAGCUUCAUUGAAGUUCUCUUCGGAGAACGUCUCUGGAAAUUCUUCUGCAGAAGCCCCACUGAUGUACAUCAUUCAUUUCCGAUGGGCUUAUGUCUGACAACUUCCCAGUUCUAUCCAAAAGACUUUCAACAAAGCUGUGCUGUCAAAAAAAAUCCUUAGAAACUUAAUGAGCCAUAUCUGUACCACAAGCCGGGAUCCAAGUUCUUCAAGGCUGAGAGGCCCAUAGGAGAAUGCAGUGUACAUUCCUUUGUAUAUGCUAUGUGUGUUUCUGGGUGUGUGUAUGGAGGUGUAGGACUGCAAAGAGUACCUUAAAACCCAGCAGUCAGGCAGGCCCAGAGAGAACACAGCUCAAGUCAGGCUAAAAAUGAGUGCAGGGGCUAAGUACGCACAAAACCUGUUAGGUAGGAUUUAUUUAUUCAUUUCAUAAAAUUCAUAUACUGCUUGAUUGUUGAAAAAAGCCUCAAAAGUGGUUUACAAAUGUGACAAAACAAUAAAAUCAUCACUAAAAAAAUUUACAAUCAUAAUUUCAAAUAUACAGAAGGUUAAACCUGCAAUAAAAUAGACUAAAACAAACUAAAACUCCUACAAUGUAUCAGUAAAAAUGUUUUCAGCAGGUGCUAAAAUGUAAUGCAGUGGAGGUGCCUGCCUGAUAUCAUUAGGCAGGGAGUUCCAAAGGACAUUCUUUCCCUCAAAGAACUCUGGACACUGUAGUUUGUUAAGAGCUGCUGGGAAUUGCAACUCUGUGAGGUGUAUACUACAGUGCCCAGAAUUAUCUUGUAUUUUUGUGUUUUUAAUAUUUUGUUGGAAGCUGCCCAGAGUGGCUGGUGAAACCCAGCCAGAUGGGUGGGGGUAUAAAUAACUUAUUAUAAUAUAAUAAAUUAUUAUUAUUAUUAUUAUUAUUAUUAUUAUUAUUAUUAAUCAUCUGAGGGAAAUAAUGUGUUUCAAUUGUGUGUUAAAGGUACAGUGUUUACACAGCCUGAAUCAAAAGUUCUCAAGAGAGCACUUUCACUUUGAAAAGGGAUGGGAGAGUGUUGGGUUUUUCCUUGAUUUCAUGGUGGUAAUUUUACAACAAUUUAUUUGUCUCUUAAAAAUGAAACUAAGCAUGACUUACAGAUGUUAUUAGAAAUAAUAAUAAUAAUAAUAAUAAUAAUAAUAAUAAUAAUAAUAUUUUUUAUUUAUACCCAACCCUUCCUGGUUCAGAAAACUGGGUUCAGGGUGGCUAACAACAAAUUUAAAACACUUAAUUGUAGAAGCAACAUAAAAUACAGUAUAAAAACAUGAAUAACAAUAAAAUUCAACGUUCAGAAAUCAAUUUGGGGAAAAUCCAUCUAAUAAGCAUUAGAUAGUCACCAGGGCUAGCUGGCUGAAUUAGUCCUACUUGAGCCAGUGAGGGGGCCAGGGGAGAAUUAGCUGUGGGGUCUCAGAGCGGGUAAUCUUCAUAAAAGAGGAGGGGGGAAGAGAAGGGAAAUAAAAGAUCAGGCUGAAUUCAAAUUAAAGGCCAGGCGGAAUAGCUCUGUCUAUUAGACAUAGAACACAUUGGGAGGCAAACUUUUUGAUGGGCUUGGAAGUUGCUUCUGGGAAUGGGAGUUCUAAAUGUGUAUGUGGUAAACUCAGAACCCCUCAUUAUAUAUGUAGGCAAAACUUGCCAUAUAACCAUAUAGAUUGCAAAAGAUGGAAUUGGGAUUCAAGAUGGCCUUAACAGACUGGAGAACUGGGCCCAAACUAGCAAAAUGAAUUUCUAUAGGGACAACUGUAAGGUUCUGCACUUAGGCAGGAAGAAGUAGUUGCACAAAAAUAAGAUGUGGAACACCUGGCUUGCCAGGUCUAGAUUUAGGGGUUUUAGUAGGGCACAAGCUUAACAUGAGUCAACAGUGUGAUGCAGCAGCAAAAAUGGCUAAUGCUAUUCUAGGCUGCAUCAACAGAAGUAUAGUGUCCAGAUCAAGGGAAAUAAUUGUUGGCAUCUGUCUGCCUCAAGUGACAAUGGAGUGCGCUUGUAGGGGUGAAGCUAAACUGUUGCAUUAGUGGCAGCAAAGUGACCUCCCUGGGGCACGAGUGUGGAGGGUAUGCAUACCCUCCAACAGUUCUCCGAUGAAAAUAGGGACGUGCAAUUCUAUAAUGAUAAUUUUACUAUUUAUACCCGCACAUCUUCCUGGGUUGACCCAGUCACUCUGGGCAGCUUCCAACAUAUAUAAAAACAUAAUAAACUUCCCUAUACAGGAUUGCCUUCAGUCCACUUGGGGGUCAGAUAACUCCAUACCCUUCAACAUACUCCCAGUGAAAAUAGGGACAUUCUGCCACGCCCUCCAACGUUUCUCCAAUGAAAAUAAGGACAUCCUAAGGAAAAGUGGGACAUCCCAGGAUCAAAUCAGAAACCGGGAUGGCUUCUCUAAAUCAGGGAUGUCCCUGGAAAAUAGGGACAUUUGGAGGGUCUGUGCAUGGAGGUCCUGGGCUUCCUGGAUAACAAGACCCCUCUCUCAGCCUCACUGAUGUGCUCCAAAGGAAAACAGAGCAAUAUGUUUGGCACCAGCUUGGCUGCAGGAGUUGCUGGAAAGAGGCAUGUAAGGCACCAUCCAACAGUCUUAGAUUAAUCCACUCUGGAUUAGUAUACUUCCCAAAGACAUCCCACAAGACAUCCUCAAGGCAGCAGAAGUUUAGGAUCAAAGCUUUCCUUCUCCUAGACUGGCUACCUUCCCAGUUGAUGAGCCCCAUCGGCCCCUCACUUCCCCCUAUACAGCACAUGCAGAAACCGCCUCCUUAAGGGAAUUAAUCAUAGUACUCUAUUCUGCCUUGGUCAGACCACACUUCUGGCCGCCACAGUUUAAGAAGCAUAUUAACAAGCUGGAACGUGUGUAGAGGAAGGGUAACCAAGAUGAUCAAGGGUCUAGAAAUCAAGCCUUAUGAGGAACAGUUGAGGAAACUGAGUAUGUUCAGCUUGGUUAUGAAGAGACCAAGAGGAGAUAAGAGAACAAAUAUGGAACAAUCUCUGGGGACUGGAACCCAAGCCAAUGGAUUCAAGUUACGAGAAAGGAGAUUGCACCUAAACGUCAGGAAGAACUUUCUGCUGUUCGACAAUGGAACAGACUGCCUCAGGAGUUUGCAGACUCUCAUUCCUUGGAAGUUUUGAAGCAGAGGUUGGAUGGCCAUUUGUCCUGGAUGCUAUACUUUAGAUUCCUGCAUCGCAGGGGGUUGGACUAGAUGAUCCUUGGGGUCCCUUGAGUCUACAAUGCUAUGAUUGUUCCUACUGAAAAAACAGGAAGACAAACAAGAAGCCCAUGUAGCUGUCUGGACAGUUUGUAAUGAUAUGGCACUCUUGCAUGACAAUUGAUACCUGUUGGAAAUUAAAUGAAGCUAUUAGUGUCAUUUGGCCACAGUCUGCCCUUCCAACCAGUCUGUUAAAAAGGAGAAACAAACUCAGUCACUCAGUGAAAAGGAAUUAAUGGCAGAUCUGGUUUCUUACCCCUCUGGGAUAAAGGAAUUUGAUCACCCUCCCGCACCUGCUUUGUGGGUGAGAGCAAAGUGUAUCAAAGCGAGGCCAAGGGGAAUCACUCUUUUUGAAGAUGCAUUUGGUGCCAAAGGGAUACGAGGCUUCACGGUCAAUCGAUAGAGCUGUAGGCGUGCUGGGAAUCGAAUGCCAUCUGACUGAAAAAUUGGUGACCUAAGACCCAAUCCAUAUUGCCGUCAUGGUUCGGGGGUGUUAAACAACAGCACUGGGUGGAGGAAAGUGGGAAAUUGUAACAGGCCAAGCAUCUUAGUCCUCUUUCAAAUCUAGUCGAUGGGACCAUGUCUUGCAUAAAACAUGAGGAUUUAAUAGAGCUGUUGUGGCCAACAGGCCAAUGAAGGGUGUAAGUACAAUCUGCCUUUGGGACGAGAGUGUUCAUGCUAUGACCCAGUUCUCAGUGAUGUGGGAAAUUAUGGCUGGGCUGUACCACCUCUGAGCACUCUGUGUGUGUGGAUAUGUUUUUGUUGCUGGGGGCGGGGUUGUAAUCGAAUGCUUCUCCAUACAAACUUGAGGGUUCUAACUGAAUGUUUCUCCAUACAAGAAAAAGUAAAUAAAUCCCUGCACUUAAUAGCAACCAUUGGGCUAGAGUUCUAUGAGGAUUACAGAAGGAGAGAGGGGGUCAGACUGUGCCUUGGCCAAAGGCCUGGUGGAACAGCUCCGUCUUGCAGGCCCCGUGGAAAGAUGUCAAGUCCCACAGGGCCCUAGUCUCUUGUGACAGAGCAUUCCACCAGAUUGGGGCCACGGCCGAAAAAGCCCUGGCUCUCGUCGAGGCCAGCCUAACUUCCCUGUGGCCUGGGAUCUCCAAUAUGUUUUUAUUUGAAGACCGUAAGGUCCUCCAUGGGACAUACUAGGAGAGGCGGUCCUGUAGGUACGAGGGUCCUAGGCCGUAUAGGGCUUUAAAGGUUUAAACCAGCACCUUAAACCUGAUCCUGUACUCCACCCGGAGCCAGUGCAGCUGGUAUAGCACUGGGUGAAUGUGAUCCUGCAGCAAGGACCCUGUAAGGAGUCUCACUGCGGCAUUCUGCACCCGCUGGAGUUUCUGGGUCAGUCUCAAGGGCAGCACCACGUAGAGUGAGUUACAAUAAUAAGCCUGGAGGUGACCGUCACGUGGAUCACAGUGGCUAGGUCAGGGCAAGAGAGGUAAGGAGCCAACUGCUUAGCUUGGUGGGGAUGAAAAAAUGCCACCUUUGUUAUAGCUGCAACCUGCGCCUUCAUAGAAAGGGAGGUGUCAAAGAUUACACCCAAACUCUUAAUAGAAGGUGCUGUCACUAAUUGCGCCCCCGCAAGAGAUGGGAGUUGGCCCCCCAAUCCCAUAUCGUCCCAACCCAGCCAAAGGACCUAUGUCUUCGAAGGAUUUAACUUCAACCAUCUCCCAAACAUCUGAUCAGUGUGUCUGGGACCGAGUCAGGAUCGCCGUCCAUCAACAGAUAGAGUUGGGUGUCAUCAGCUUACUGAUGGCAGCCCAAACCAAAACUCCGGGCAAGCUGGGCGAGGGGGUGCAUAAAGAUGUUGAAAAGCAUCGGGGAGAGUAUUGCACCCUGUGGCACUCCACACACCGACACUCCACUGUACCACCUCUGAGCACAGUUUAGGGAGUAUUGCAGUUGAAUGCAUCUCUCUCUCUCUCUCUCUCUCUCUCUCUCUCUCUCUCUCUCAAACAAAACAAAACAAAACACACACAAAAAACCCCCCAAACAAAACCAUGUUUUCCGGAAGAGAUUAUCCUAUAACUACGGAGCUGAGCCAUUUACCCCCAUGUCAGUAUUAGCUUGAGCCACUGCUGAACCAAAUCCAGGUAGCUUAUCAGUGCAAACUACUGUAAAGAUUCUCCUUUUUUGGGGCUGCCUCUGGGAAAACUGAGAGUUUGAGUCAAAUGCCUGUUCCUCAUGGGAGACACUCUUAAUCCAACUGCCCCCUGCCGGGAUUGGGUUUUAGUCUCCUCCACAUUUUCUCAAAGGGAACUCUGCAAAAGAUCCCCCUAGCAAAACCAGAGAGAAAUCUCUCUAAGUCUUUUUUUGAAGAAGUGCUCCUAGGAAGACUCUUAGGGUAGGGGAACAAUCCUCCCAUGAGCUACUCUUGGGCUAAGAGGGUGCCCUGUGAAUGUACACUUUGGCCAACCUCCUCCAGUCCCAGUUUUUCCAUGAUCAGCUCUUUAGCAGGGAGAUGUCUCCAGGUUGGAUUUUAAUCCAUGACAGGAAGCUUUUCAUAGAAUCAUAGAAUCAUAGAAUCAUAGAGUUGGAAGAGACCACAAGGGCCAUCGAGUCCAACCCCCUGCCAAGCAGGAAACACCAUCAGAGCACUCCUGACAUAUGGUUGUCAAGCCUCUGCUUAAAGACCUCCAAAGAAGGAGACUUUUAAUAUCCGAAGGACUAUUGUAUUUUAAUAUUUUGUUGGAAGCUGCCCAGAGUGGCUGGGGAAACCCAGCCAGAUGGGUGAGGUAUAAAUAAUAAAUUAUUAUUAUAAUCCAUGACACUAAGAAGAAUUCACAGGCCUCUUUGUUUUUGGGUUUUUGUUUUGUUUUUUUGGUCUCUGACUGCAGUUUAUUGCACCAUGCCUGGAUGAGCUCCAGGCUCAGCAAAACACACACACUGGGCUCCAAGAGGCAGAGCUGGCUUUGCAGAUGGAGCUGAGACUACCUCGGUCAUGCCGAUGUGGUUCCCAUGGUUUAUUGAUCAGAAGCUGCACUUCAAUGUGCCACACUGAGAUGGCAUUGGCUGGCAUGGCUGCAGAAAUGGGUUUCCAGGACUGGGAAGCAAUUCAUGUGUCCUAGUAGAUCUUGAGGAUGAUGUUGUUAACAUUCCUGGAACCAGGAACCUUUAAUGCAGUGGACACCCCAGAGUUAACACAGAGGAGAUCACCUUUUUUGGUACUUAUGUGGCCAGUUUCACCUGGUCAGCACAGAGCAGGAAUUUCUGGACAUGUUCAGUGCAGUUGACUACAGACGUCCGGUUCAGUUUAAGACACUGUUCGAAUGCAGCAAAAGGUUCGAUCAUGGCGGAUUUUCUGUAGAAUUGGGAUGUCAUUUCUGCAGCCCUGAGGCCGGAUCCUGUCCCUAGGCCUUCUCCUCUGAAACUAAUUUCUGAGCCCAGUAAAGCUGCCCUGCACCUCCAACUCUAACACCCCAGUCCUUUUUGUACAUGGUUCCCACUCCCAUAUGGUGAAGCAUUGAAUUAUGUGAGCUGCCAUUUACAGUUUGAAGGGGGAGCAUAAGAGCCAUGAGCAUCUAACCCAGGUUCCUGUUUCCCACAGUGACCUUUCAGAUACCCCAAUGGGAAGCAUGCAAGUGGGGCUUGAAUGUAGUAGCCCUCUCCCACUGCUGAAAUUAUAGGAUCCUCAUUUCAUCGGACCAAGUGUCUAUAUCCUGCUUCUGACCAGUCAGAUGCAUCCAGGAAGCCCACAAGCCCUGGCCUCUCCUGCUGUUGCUGCUCCGUCAUUGGUAUUCAGAGGCUUAUUGCUUCUGAACAUGGUUGCCCCAUAUAGCAGUCCUGACUACAGGCCAUUGAUGGAGUUAUACAGUAAGCAGCGCAGCCAAGACACAGGUUUACCACCUUGGGGCGAAAUAAACUGCUGUGGUAGUUAAAAAGCAAUUAAAAAUUGAGUUAAGCUCCCAACCCUCCUAAAAGGUGUGAUUGAUCUCCUCAUUUUUCCAUAUUAUGUAGUAGACUCAGACUGAUGUAAUGAGGAUAACAUUAAAAAACAUAAUAAAUCUGCAAAAGGCAGGGAUGGGGUAGGAUAGGAAGAAUCUCCCCCUCCGCAGCCACACACUGCAGCACCCUGCAAUGUGUCAUCCAUCUUCCAUAGCUGAACCAAGUGGCUUCUGUUUUCACCAAGAUGCAAGAGAGAGAGAAAAAAUGCCAACAUUUAUGCAAAGUUAUGUUUCCACUCAGAUAGAAUUAAUGCACAUGUAUAUGCCAGAAGAGCCAUAGAUCAGUGGUAGUGUGCAUGCUUUGCAUGCAGAAGGCCCCGGAUUCAAUCCUUUGCAUCUCCAGUUAGAAGGAUCCGGUAGCAUCCGAACGGAAAUAUCUCUCUUUGCCUGAGACCCCAGAGAAGACCUGCUUUUCCCAGUUUGGUGCCCUCCAGAUAUUUUGGGCUACAGCUCCCAUUGUCUGUGACUGUUGGGCAAGCUGGCUGGGGCUUCUGGGAGUUGUAGUUCAAAUAGUCUGAUCUGGUAGAAGGCAGGUUAUUUUGUUCCAUACUUCAUUGAAUGGUCUAUGCAACCUUUAGACUGAAAAAGAGAGGGUGGAUUCAUAGCUAAAGCUCUAGAGCAUGGGUAGACAACUUAGUUCCCUCCAGUUUUUCAUGCCGGCUGGGGCUGAUGGGAGUUGAAAUCCAGCCACUUCUAGAGGGCCACUGGUUCCCUACCCAUAUUUUAGUGUCAUUUAUACACACACACACACACACACACAUUUAUAUUUUGCUCUAUCCCCAAGGUUUAAAUUUCCAAUUUCAAUUUCCAAUUCUAUACAGUGCAAUGCUGGUUCUCGAAUGUCUUAGUUGAUGAACAAAUCGGCUCCCGAACACUGAAAACCUGGAAGUAAGUGUUCAAGUUUUCGAACAUUUUUCGGAAGCUGAACGUUGGAUGUGGCUGUCAGCUAUUGUUUCCGGGGUGCCUGCACCAAUUGGAAGCUGUGGCUUGGUUUUCGAACGUUUCAGGAGUCGAACGGAAUGGAUCCACUGUAUUUAAAAAGAAAUCUAGAGCUUUUCCUUUGGUAAGCAGUGCUUCCUAGCUUGAUCGCAUGGGCAAUCUUACCCAGUCAGGGAUCACACAGUAAGUGAGAUAAUACAUUAUGCAUUAUAGGGUCAUUUCUAUGCAUAGAGUUGUAGAGUUGGAAGGGACCCCGAGGGUCAUCUAGUCCAAUCCUCAGCAAGGCAGGGAUAUGCAGCUGUGCAGUACAGGGAUCAAAUCUGUGACCAUGGUGUUAUCAGCAGCAUGUUCUAACCAACUGAGCUAUCUACCUGGACAUAGCACAAUGCUAUGGAGGCAAUGUAGUGUGUGUGUGUGUGUGUGUGUGUGUGUGUGUGUGUGUGUGUGUUAGGGGAGGGCUAGUACCUCUGAUGGGGACACAUUGUGCUCCUUCUGGGGGAGUUUGUCCACCUUUGGUCCCCACCUUACACUCAGGUCUCACCUCACAAGGUCCUAGAAGCUGUCAGCCUGUGACAGCGGCCACACCCUGGGAACAGCCAUGCCUGGCCAUCUAAACUAGAUGAGGGAAGCCAGUGGGUCUCAAACCAUCUGUGAGUUAGUGACGUUCCCUGUAUGUGAAGACAGGCCCCAGUGGAUUGAGAAGACGAGACGGGUACUGAGUCAAGAAGACAUGUGCUGUAGAGGGGGAAAUCUGUACCUCUUGCCUUGCAGGACAUCUUCAGGAGAAGAAAAAGCUAAGGAGUAAACCCUACACAAAUCUGGAGUCCCUAAAACAGUUGGGCUGCCUUGUACGCCUCCUUCCAGCUACUGCUACAGUCAAGCUGGUGCCCAACAUAUUGCUCUGCUUUCCUUUGGACCACAUCAGUGAGGCUGAGAGGAGGGUCUUGUUGUCUGGGCAACCCAGAACCUCUAUAUACACCACCCAGGCUUGUGCCCCAGAGAGGUCACUGCAGUGCUGCUAAUGCAGCAAAAACAACACAGGAGCCAACAGUUACUAGUUACUUGUUUCUGCAGCCACAGCAGGUGCUGUCAUUUUCCAGCGGUUGGGCUUCACUCCCAGAGGUGCACUCUGUUGCCUCUUGAGACAAAUUGGUGCCAACCACCAUGUAGGCAAUAGAUGAUUGUGCAACUUGAGCAAUUGACAGCAUGUUUCCCAUGCAUAAAAUGCUAGAUUCAAUUCCCAGCACCUCCAAGUACAUUGAGGAAAGGUCCCUGUCUGAAGCUCUGGAGAUCCCUUGCCAGUCAGCAGCCACUGAACUGGAGUUGGGGGUGGCAAUGGCCUUAGUCCAACACAUGUUGCUAUGCUCCUGUGUUCUAAAUCCACCUCCCUCACCUGGUGCCCACCAGAUAUUUUGGAUUACAACUCCCAUCAUCCCUGACCUUUGACACUGGGUGAUGGGAAUUGUAGUCCAAGACAUCUGGAGGGGAUCUGGUUGUGGAAGGUUCAUCUGGACCUGGUGAAAAUAAUUAAUAAUAAUAAUAAUAAUAAUAAUAAUAAUAAACCAUUUGGGAAAGGGGUUAAUGGUACUAUAGCUCAAUAAGAAUUCCCUGGUCUUCCCUAAUCAUAAUACAGAACAAACAGGAGCAAAAAGGAACCAAUGAAAUGUGGUCUCCGCUGUGAAGAAUAGGAGCUAGCUUUGGUUUAUUUAAUUCCAAGCAAGGAAAUAAGAAGAGCCCAGUGUCCUUAUCUCUACAGAUACCAACCAAAUACCUCUGGGAAGCUCUCGAUUAGAACAUGAAGGCAACAGCUCUCUUCUGCUCUUCCUCCCUAGCAAUUUUACUCCUGAUCAUGGAGAUAAUCACAUCACUUAUUGUGGCUUUUAGACUUCUCCUCUGCGAAUAUGUUUAAUCUUUUUUAAGAGCAUCUAAGCCACUGACUGCCACCAUGUCUCCUGGCAGUGAACUAGAAGCAUAAGAACAUCCUGGCUGCUGGAUCAGACCAAAAGCCUACCUAUGGCAACAUCUUGUUUCCCAUGGUAGCCAGCAAGAUGCCUCUGGGAAGCCCACCUGCAGGACUUCAGGGCAGCAGCUCUCUCCUGCUGUUGAUCCCCAACAGCUGGUGCUCAGUAGCGUUCUGCCAAAACCAGCCUCCCAUUUCUGGAAGGUCUUUUUCCACAGCAAAAUAAGUUUCCAUUCCCCAGCGUCAUUCACAGGACGCUUUUCAGAAUUUUGUUGGGUGUAGGCAGUGCUAUUUUUCACCAUGAACUUUUCAUUUGUUCUCUUAUAAUGGCAAUGGCACCUACCUGAGAGCUGCUGGAGCUGAGCUCUGGCUGAAGAAAAGCCCUGGGUGUAGGAUUGAGGAACACAGGAACCUGCCUUGUGUGGAAUCAGACUAACAGUCCAUCUAGCUUAGCAUUGUCUACGCUGCCUGGCAGUGGUGCAUGCAGGGAACCUAUUCCCAGCCCUACAGGGAAUUGCAUCUGGGGCUUCAUGAAAAGCAGAUGUUCUGCCACUCAGCCCUCUGAAGUUGAGCUGUCUUUAUUAUUGUGAGGUGGCUGCGCAUGGAGUGUGUGUUCUGCUUUCCAUUAAACACUUCUUCAGCACUCUGCAGCCUCCCUGGCUGAGUUCUCUCAUGAUAUCUCCUCCUGGUUUUUAACUGAAGUGUGGGAAGCUAGGACUAAGUGUGGUCAUUGGUUACAUUUUUAAGUGUGGCCGUUUUCUUUUUCCUUAAAAAAAUAAAUAAAUCUGCACUCAUUUCUUUUACAGCUUUUACUUUGAAAAAAUAACAAUGACCAGCUGCUAGGCAAAUGCUAGAGAGCAUCCUUGCUUUGCUGCUCUUGCAGGAAAGCUGUACAUGGGACGUCAUGGGGUUGUCAGGAGGUGUGGGCACCUGGGAAGGCUACAGAAUGCAGGCCAUCAAACUGAUGAUUUACAGAGUGCAAGAAAGGACCUUCACAAACACCAUUGAAAAUAAGGGAAGCACAACAGAACUCCUUUCCUUCAAUAGUGUUUGAAUAGUUUCAUUGAAUCAUAGAAUUGUAGAGUUGGAAAUGACCCCAAGGGACAUCUAGUCCAAUGCCCUCCAAUGCAGGAAUCUCAACUUUAGCUUCUGACCUCUGCUUAAAACCCUCUAAGGAAGGAGAGUCCAUCACCUCUCAGUUCCACUUCCGAACAGCUCUCACUUUCACCAGGUUGGGCACUGCUUUCCUUUUGGGUGAAGACAGAGGCAAAGUAGAUGUUGAGCAGUUCUGCCUUCUCUCUAUCACCAAUAGCAUUUCUCCAUCUUCUCUAGGCUUGCUCUUCCUCUUGCUUUGAACAUAGCUGAAGAAACCUUUAAAAAAUAUUUUAAAGCUCUCUUGCAAGUCUGAGCUCAUUCUUAGCUUCAGCCCGCCUGACCACCUCCCUGCAUCUGUUGGCUAUCCAUGUAUACCCUUCCUUCAUGAUUUCUCCUUUCUUCAAUUUCUUAUCCAUUUCUGUCUUACAUCUCAGCUCAUCUGCAAGCUCCUUAUGCAGCCACACCAGUUUCUUUAGGUCCCUCACACUUUUUUUCUUUUCUCAAGUGAUGGGUAAUGGGUAAAAGAAAAAAACAACAACAGGAGAGAAUUCCACUAUCCAGUUUCACAUUUCUCUGAAUCUGGAGCUGCUGUGCAGCCAUCAUGACUGACAGCCAUUGAUUGACUUCUCAUCAUCUGUUCAAUAACUUAAAGAAAAACUGACAUCAGUGCUUUUGUCAUAUGCACCUAGGUUUAUAUGUAAUAGUUUAAUGAAGAAGUAAUCAAUUGGCAUGAUUGAUGGGGAGUCAUCUAAAUCAGCAAUGGGGAACCUAUGGUCAGUGCUGUCUUUAGCAUAUGUGGCGCCGGGGUGCAAAAAGCCACCCAUCGCAGGCCAAUGAAGUUGUUGAGCUUUUUUUAGGGGGGCAGCUCAGGGUGAUCCCCACAGAGGCUUGGGAGGGAAGCUGCGCACCCUCCAGCCAUAUAGGUGGCGGGUGCUCAACUCUGUCCCACGCCACUGCGGGAGGAGAGCAUUUCCUGCAGAGGCUUGGGAGGGAAGCUGCAUGCCCACCAGCCAUCUGGCACCCCUCAGAAUUCAGCGCCAGGGUGCCCCACACCCCUUCAAUCAAGGGUAAAGACGGCCCUGCCUAUGGUCCUCCAGAUGUUUUUGCACUCCAGCCCCCAUCAGCCCUGGCUAGAAUGGCCAAAGAGCAGUGGUGAUGGGACUUGUAAUCAAAGAACAUCUGGAGGGCCACAGGUUCCCCCCUUGACCUAAACAUCCUUUGAUCCAUUGAUAGCCCUCCUAGAAUCCUCCUGUGAAUCUUUAAUUCCCAGUGGCAUUGCUAUUGUAUGUGGUGGUGGUGGUGGUGAAUAAGAUUGAGGGGAUUGAAAAUGUAGUAUGAGACCCGACAUAUGUGCCAGUUUCACCUAAUGAAAUACUGAUUCCCUGGAACAGGUUCAGGAUUUGCAAUUAAGACCAAUGAGAAAUGAGCCAGCACCAUCUGAUGAGGAUUCACUGGAUAAACAAUGCUUAAUCCCAGUUGGGACGCCAGCCAUUAAAUAAGAGGCAUACGGAUAUUUGCUUAAGCUAACGAUUGUCAGUAAGGCUUAAUCUGCAAAAAGUUUAAGGAUCAAAUGCUUAGUCUGGUAUAAACAGUGGACUCUAAAUGGGAUGCAAAUACCCUUGAUCCUCUUUAGUUCUCAGUUGGGUUAGGGUUGAAACUGGUCUUUGCAAUUAAUUUUCAACAGUUACCAAAACAGCCAUCAAGUGCUUUUUCUCUCUUCCUCUCAGCAGUUGUUCACUGCUUGUUGAGAAAUCUUGUGUAGGGAAUGCCUUCAAAUGACACACUAUGGGAGCCUUCCAGACAUUUUGGACUACAAUUCCCUUCAUCCCUGACCACUGGCAUGCAGAUGGUCCCAGGUUCAAUCCCUACCAUCUCCAGGUAUGGCUGGGAAUGUCCCUUCAUCUGAAAUCCUGGAGAUAGCACUUAGCUAGGUGGACCAGUGGUCUGACCUGGUGGCUUCCUAUGUCGUCAAGUCAGGGCAGACCCUCCUCUCCCAUCAGGGCUCUACUGCCACAGCUACCAUGCUUCCUCCCAGCAGAACCAUCCCUGCACAAUAGGCCUUGCAUGUGAAAUUGAAAUCCCCCCACAGCUGGCGCGAUGUUUAAUGAUUCUCUGAGCUGGGCUCCCUUCAUUCCAAGUGGCAGGUUUUCACAUUCUCGUUUGUGCGUUCAUGGAUCAUUGCCUCCUCCUCAAAGCUUCUGCAAUUGUCUUUUAUUGUUAAAAACCAAAAUGUUAAUGCCUUCCAUGCUGUUCUUCCCUUUAGUUCAGUGCUUUUAAAUGCAAGGUUGAAAGGUAACAAGAACUUGGGAGGGGGGCGGAGCGGAAAAGCACAUCGUAGAAGGCUGGAAAGCAUUGCUCUUUGCCAUCAAUGUCACUCACUUUUUGUUAAGAUUAAACACCACUGUUUAGGGAGUUGAUAAUAUUCCUGCAGGGGGAACACAAGUCCAUAUGUACCUCAUUGAUAUAUGUGUUGCAGCAGUCUCAGGGCAGUGGUGGGGCUGUGGCAGGGAUCAGUCGUUGCUGAACUCCAACUCCCGUCAUGCUUGGCUCUUGGCCAUGGCAGUUGGAUCUGGGAGAUGAGUCUCACAACAUCUGGAGGCCCACAGUCUCCCCACCCCUGACUUAGCUUAUGACCCUCUGGGUCCAAUGGGAUUUGUUUCCAGGUAAGUGUAUGUUUAGUCUUUCAGCCAAAGUUUAAUUAACAACAAUUCACAGGGCUAAAGUGAAACAAGUCUUCCAAAUCUGAUGGUGAAUUUGGGCAGGCUGUUUCCAUCACUGGUUUAUGACAUGUUUCACAGUGGGGAGUUGCUUGUCAUGCUGGAGGCUUCCCGUUAUUUAGAUAUUUUUGUCUAUUUUUAAAAUGUUCCUUUCGCAGUCUAAGAAAUGUGGCAUAACGCAUAACUGUGGUAUGGCACAACACAAAAUGGCUGCUGUGGAGGUGAGGCUGAGCCAGGGACUGAGCAGGAAGAGCAAUUGUGCAUUGUGGGUCCUCAGGAGAUAUUCAUGGAGACCUUUCAUAAGUACCAGAGGAGAUGCGGGUGGGCUCACUGAUGUCUGUGGGCACUGCAUUGGUGACCCAUGUUGUAGUUAUCUUUAAGAGCUCCGGGAAUGGAUCUGCCAUUUUUAACAGUAUUGUCACAAUGUUUUAAAAAAUAUUAUUAUUCUUCCUUUUGUGUUUUAGCAGGUGGGUGGGUGUGCAUUUAAAUAUUAUUGUGAGCUGUUCUGAGAAAGAGAAUCUGGAUCAAAAAGCAGUUCAGAACUUACAUUUAUGAUAGUAAGUUUCAUUUCUUUAGCUCUAGGCAGUGCCAAACUACAAGUAAAAUAAACCAUGCAGAUUAAAACAGAAAAUAUAAAAUAGCAUGGAAAUCAAUUAUAUGUCUUUUAAUCGAUAACAUUUUCAUGCAUAAUUUUUCUUUGGCAUUUCAUAGCCGCCACAUUGAGACAGACCAGGGGAAAGGCUCACACCUUUUGCAUUCAAAUAGUUCCAGGUUCAAUCUCCAGGGAGCUUUCUAGAUACAGCUACAAAACAGGUAUUAAUAACUGUACUACUUUCAUUCAUUCACUCAAUUCAUUUGUAUGCUGUUUUCCCACACUUACAAAAAUUAUGCUCAAAGUGGAUUACAAUAAAGAAACAGGGAUGCAUUUCUAACAAACACUUUAAAAAUUUGUAAUAGCAUAUCAAAACAAUAGCAUAGCGACAAUUUCAUAACAUAGCAAAACAAUAGCAAAUAUAAUACCUCAAAAAACCACAUUCUGAUACUAUAAAUAUAAGAACAUGCAGUAUCCAACUGCAAAAAGAACAAGGCAGCUUCACUUUUUCACCUCCCUCCUAGAAAGACCCAAAGGUGUCAUGGGCUUUGAAGACACUCGAACUCAGGACACAAAGGAGAAACAUGCUAAGAGGAAGGCACAAUUGGCACAUCCACACAGUUAUCAACCCCCACCAAUGUCCCCACUGUGGAAGGACGUGUGGAUCCAGAAUUGCCUUUCACAGUCACUUACGGACUCAUUGUUAAAACCGUGUUUAUGGAAGACAAUCUUAUUCGGCUAUGAGUGAUCACCAAAGCAGAAGAGAAACACCCAUCCGGUGAUGCUAUUUACAGUCUCUCUCAUGCAGCCACUUGCAAAGCUUCCAAUGGCAGGGGGUGGGGUAGCUGGAAACACGCCCCCCAUGAUUUUGCUCACCAUUAUUUCCUGUUUUUUUGGGUUCUACCAGCUCACUAGGGACGUGGGUGGCACUGUGGGUUGAACCACAGAGCCUAGGACUUGCCAAUCAGAAGGUCAGCGGUUUGAAUCCCCACGACAGGGUGAGCUCCCGUUGCUCGGUCCCAGCUCCUGCCAACCUAGCAGUUUGAAAACACGUCAAAGUGCAAGUAGAUAAAUAGGUACCACUCUGGCGGGUAAUGUAGCCAGCAUGACUAAGCCACUUCUUGCGAACCAGAGCAGUACACACAAAUGCCAUUUACCUUCCCGCCAGAGUGGUACCUAUUUAUCUACUUGUACUUGACAUGCUUUCGAACUGCUAGGUUGGCAAGAGCAGGGACCGAGCAACGGGAGCUCACCCCGUCGCGGGGAUUCAAACCACCUACCUUCAGAUCGGCAAGCCCUAGGCUCUGUGGUUUAGACCACAGCUCCACCCGCGUCCCUCUACUUAAAGUAGACCCAUUGAAAUUAAUGGAGAUAGCUAACUUGUGUGUAUUAAUUUCAGUGGGUCCACUCUGCAUAGGACUUAGUUGGGCACAACCCUUGAGAUUCUGCUAUUUCAGCAGUCCAGAUGCCAGGGAAGAAUUGAAGCCUCGCAGCACCCUCCAAAACACUGUUGGACUCCAUUUCCCAUCAUCCCCAAUAGAGCCGGCUCACCAAUGAGGCAAGGUGAGGCAACUGCUUCAGGCAGCAGGAUCCACAGUGGCAGCACAUCCCAAUGGAGAUCUUUAUCCCCCGCUCAUUCCUGAUAAUCCCUUCUUCCCUGGUGGAGAGUAGGGCACACCAUUUUGUGGUUCGCUUCAGGUGCCAAAAUCUAUUGGACCAUCCCUGAGCUCUAGCCAAUGGUCACAGAUAACUGGCGUUGGGGAGAGCUGGUUGAGCUUGAUCUCUGUUCAUAAUGAGUUUGUGGCAAAGUUUGCCAUUAAAGCUGCCCCGUUUUGAAUGUUGGUCAUCUCCCUGUCUAUAACCAUAAUCCCCUAAACACAAAACCUUGUAUUAUAUGGUGCGUGUAGGUAACAUUCAUCCAAAAACUCAGAAGGAGAUUGCUGUUGACGUAGUAAGAUUGAGUGCUCUUCUUGAUAAAAAUGAGUGCCCUUCUUAAUAGCAACAGUAAUGAUACUGACUUGUGGUUCACAAACACAGACAAAACACAGUUCUAACACCAACAUCUAUUCUCAAAAUGCUGUGAAUUCACUAUUGAAAUGUUCAAGGUCACCUUAAACUCCCCCACCCUUUUUAUAGUAUUUCUUAAAAAUAUUGGAACAAUGAAAAAAAUAUCAUUCUGUUCACCUUUAUAAUUACGGUUAUUACAUCUAUAGAAUGCCUGUCAACUUUUGUACAGUUGAACCAGGAAUGGCGCAGCUGGGGGUCGCAGGUGGUGGAAGAGAUCAACCCCUGUGUUCCUUUGAACUGCAUAAUCUGUUAAUAUAGACUUCUGAGGCUUUAUCCUGAAAGCUGGUAAAAAAAGUAGGAAGAAGUUAGUGACUCAUUUCUUGGGAACCAGCAUUAGUAACGCCCAUUCUUUGAAAUUGUGAACAUUCACAAAUUGAUAACACGGAACUACUACUACUUCUUCUUCUUCUUCUUCUUCUUCUUCUUCUUCUUCUUCUUAAAAAAAAAGAAAAAAGAUUUUGGGCUGGACUUUGAAUGUCUGAGCACUCUAAAUAUUCAUAAAUGGGGAUGGGGGGGGGAUUCAAUUAAAUUCACAUUUAAAGGCAAACUUACCCAAUUCACACUUUCUGAAACAUGGACAGAAAUGCAGCCAUCCUUUGAAGUUCAAAUUUCUCUGGAUUUUGCAAUAGCAGUUCUCCAGCCGAGUAAUGCUUACAAAAAUUCAUAUACUAGGCUUCAGUGUGUAUUAAAAUGUAUAUAUUAGUGAAUAUAACUCAUAUUAGCAAAAGCUUUGCGAAAAAUGUGUAUGUAAGGCAAAAUUGCAUACAAUUGUGUAUAUUUUCACUAAAAUGUUGAGAAAUUUUCUUAGUUUUUUAUUAAAAUUGCAAACUGAUGUCAAAAUACGACCUACUAAAUUCAAGUCUGGACAAAUGAGAAACUGAGAGAAACCAAAGCUGCCAGAUUCACCCACUACCCCAACUCAUAAAUUUACACCAUACUAAUGGGGAAUUUCUAAGUUAAGGGACAAAUUAUGCAAUCAUUGAAAUGAAUUAGUUCAGUUUUUCCUGAAUUGCACUAGUUAUUUUUUUUAAAGUCUCAUCUGGCUGGCCACUGUGAGAAGAGGAUGCUGGGAUAGUUGAGACUUUAGCCCAGGCUUCCUCAACCUCGGCCCUCCAGAUGUUUUGAGACUACAAUUCCCAGCAUCCCUGACCACUGGUGCUGCUAGCUAGGGAUCAUGGGAGUUGUAGGCCAAAAACAUCUGGAGGGCCGAGCUUGAGGAAGCCUGCUUUAGCCUGAUCUAGCAGGUCUCUUUAUAUAUUCUUAAAAUUGCACUGCUUUUUUAUUUUUAAGAACACAGUUCUCUUAGUACAUGAGAGGCAUUGUGCCUGAAUGAAGACUGAACUGAACAAUGGGUACAUAGGUACAAGUAUGUAAGUUUUCAUAAAUAUUCGCAAGCAUGAUCUGCAAUUAGCCUUAACGUGCACACCCCAUGGUAAUAGGGCUGCAGCUUUGGCCAAGCCCUUCUGGAUCUCAAGGCCCUCUCCACCUCCAUCCUUGGGCCCCAUCCCUGACUAUUGGCCUUGGUGUCUGUGUGUGAUGGCCUGGGACUCAGACUCAGAACCAGAGGAGUCUCAGUCUGCACCAGAUCCUUUGCCUCAGACGGCAUCUGGACCAAGUCUGGGGCCUGAUUCUGAAGAGCCCCAGUCUGCACAGGUUCCCCUGCAACAAGCACCAGCUGGGCCGAGUCAGGGGCCUGAGCCUGCCCUGGCUCCAGAUGUGGGGAUUACCUCGUUGCCUUCAGCUGGACCAUUACUUACAGUUGCUCCACUACCAGUUGGGUCAGGGGAGCCUGAGGUGGCCCCUGGGUCUAGUAACCCACCGACGUCUCCCAAACUGCAGAGAUUAAGGUCUGAGAGAAGGAGAGACCUGAGUACUCGCAGGAGGAGUGCUCGCCUUCAGGUGAAACAGGGAGGUGAGUCACCGGGGGAACAGGACCGGCUGUUACCCCGACAAAGAUAAAAGGCUGUCGGACCCCGCCCCAGGUUGCGGGAGCAACAUUGCUGUUUGCUAGAACCUGCCUGAGACCCUGUGCUUGACCUAGCCUGGUUUCCUGCCUUGUGACCUGCCUUGACCCUGUCAGACUGACUCCUCAUGGAAUCCUUGGAUUUGGGACCGGACCUGGACUGCGUUGCUCGUGUUAACCCUCAGGCCCAGCACACUGUGACUGUUAGGAGUUGGAAUCCAACAACAUCUGGGCACAGACACAGGUCCACCUCCUCUGUUGUGGAUGUUCCAAGGAUAAGACAGGCUGCUUGGACGCGUGAAACCAACCACCUGUCUCCUUGAUCCUUGCCCAUCCUGGCUAAUAAAAGCAAGCCGGGAAGGGCUGGGCGAUGGGCUCUGCAGGGUGGUGAAUGCUUCCCUCUGUGAGGGAACAUUCCCAGAUCCGCUGAAAGAGGCGGUCAUUAAACCGCUUCUUAAAAAACCAUCUUUAGACCCGGCCAGUAUGGCCAACUAUCGCCCAGUCUCAAAUCUUCCAUUCUUGGGCAAGGUGAUUGAGCGCGUGGUUGCUGAACAACUCCAGGCACGCCUGGAGGAUGCGGACCAUUUGGAUCCCUUCCAAUCGGGAUUCAGGCCUCAUCAUGGGACUGAAACUGCCUUGGUCGCGCUGGUUGAUGAUCUCCGGCGAGCUAGGGACAAAGGUGAGAGUUGUUUCCUAGUUCUGCUGGAUCUCUCAGCGGCCUUUGAUACAAUCGACCAUAACAUCCUUCUGGAACGUCUAGAGGGGUUGGGAGCUGGGGGCACUGUUAUACAGUGGUUUCGUUCCUUCCUCCUGGGUCGUGUUCAGAAAGUGGUGGUGGGGGAUGAGUGUUCAGACCCCUGGGCCCUCACUUGUGGGGUGCCUCAGGGUUUGGUUCUCUUCCCCAUGCUUUUUAACAUCUAUAUGAAACCGCUGGGAGAGAUCAUCAGGGGGUUUGGACUGGGUGUCCAUCAAUAUGCAGAUGAUACCCAGCUCUACCUCUCUUUCAAAUCAGAACCAGUGAAGGCGGUGAAGGUCCUGUGUGAGUGCCUGGAGGCGGUUGGAGGAUGGAUGGCGGCUAAUGGAUUGAAGUUGAAUCCUGACAAGACAGAAGUACUGUUUUUGGGGGACAGGGGCGGGCUGGUGUGGAGGACUCCCUGGUCCUGAAUAGGGUAACUGUGCCCCUGAAGGACCAGGUGCGCAGCCUGGGAGUCAUUUUGGACUCACAGCUGUCCAUGGAGGCGCAGGUCAAUUCUGUAUCCAGGGCAGCUGUCUACCAACUUCACCUGGUACACAGGCUGAGACCCUACCUGCCUGCGGACUGUCUCGCCAGAGUGGUGCAUGCUCUAGUUAUCUCCCGCUUGGACUACUGCAAUGCGCUCUAUGUGGGGCUACCUUUGAAAGUGACUCGGAAACUACAACUAAUCCAGAAUGUGGCAGCUAGACUGGUGACUGGGGGCGGCCGCCGAGACCACAUAACACCGGUCUUGAAAGACCUACAUUGGCUCCCAGUACGUUUCCGAGCACAAUUCAAAGUGUUGGUGCUGACCUUUAAAGCCCUAAACGGCCUCGGUCCAGUAUACCUGAAGGAGCGUCUCCACCCCCAUCGUUCUGCCCGGACGCUGAGGUCCAGCGCCGAGGGCCUUCUGGUGGUUCCCUCAUUGCGAGAAGCAAAGCUACAGGGAACCAGGCAGAGGGCCUUCUCGGUAGUGGCGCCCGCCCUGUGGAACGCCCUCCCAUCAGAUGUCAAAGCGAUAAAUAACUACCUGACAUUCAGAAGACAUCUUAAGGCAGCCCUGUUCAGGGAAGGUUUUAAUGUAUGAUAUUUUAGUGUAUUUUUGGUUUCUAUGGAAGCCGCCCAGAGUGGCUGGGGAAACCCAGCCAGAUGGGCGGGGUACAAAUAAUAAAUUAUUAUUAUUAUUAUUAUUAUUAUUAGAACAUUAGAAGAGCCUGUGGCUCAUAUGGUUCAUAUAGUCCAGCAUCCUGUUCCUACAGUGGCCAACCCAAUGGCUGUGGGAAAACCACAAGCAGGAUUUGAGCACAAGAGCCAUCUUCCUUUCCAUGAUCUCCAGAAACUGGUAUUUGAGAAGGGAGCUGAACGACGGGCUGUGCCAUUGUUGCACAUUUGCAAAUGAGAUUGGAUUCAGCAAACCCUGUGUCCCUUUCUGCUUGUACUGUGUCACGAACAUCUUGGGGAAUCUUUAAUCGCCUUAAUGAAGGCCAUAAAUAGGAUGAGUGGCUGAUAUGGCAGAUCAUAAAGCCUGCACCGAGGGAGCUCUGUUCAAAUUCAGAUGAGUCUGAGAUAAUUAAGAAAGCUCAAACUGGGAAAGAUAAGUGUCGAGACCUGAUCUGAGGGCUUAAGUAACCAUUCAACAAGGAGGUAAAUUGAUAUUCUAGGAUGGGCUGAUAUCAAGCAGGUCUAAGCUCUACAUUAGUAUCUGCUUCCAUGUUAGUCCUUAAGUUAAUCAGGAUCACUUUUAGCCAGAAGUAUCAAAAGGGGAGUCCUAUCCAGUGCCAUCUAACAUUUGUUCCAUGCUUGUAAGUAUGAGAUGAGGAGAGAAAUUGGAUUCAAUUUACCAGUGCUUUUUUCUGGGGGGACGCAGGGGUACACAUAGCCCUAAACAUUUUGUGAAUCUAAGUUUGGCCUCAUUGAGGGGCAGGAUUUCAAUAUGAGUAGGAAAAUGAGAGUACCCCUAAACAUUUUUUUAAAGAAAAAAAGCACUGCAAUUUGCAUUUAAUAUCAAAUCUGUCAAAUUUGUGUUUUCCGAAACCAUUCUUAAAAAUUUGCAGUUCUUCAACUUUAGCAAUGCAGUUUUCUAACCAAUGUUAACAGAAGUGGAAAAUGUGUGUAAAAAUGAACAUAUUAGUGAAAAUAACAUACAAAAGUGCAAUACAGUGGUACCUCGGGUUACAUACGCUUCAGGUUACAGACUCCGCUAAUCCAGAAAUAAUACCUCGGGUUAAGAACUUUGCUUCAGGCUGAGAACAGAAAUCGUCCUCUGGCGGUGCGGCGGCAGCGGUAGGCCCCAUUACCUAAAGUGGUGCUUCAGGUUAAGAACAGUUUCAGGUUAAGUACGGACCUCUGGAAUGAAUUAAGUACCAUAUUUUUUGCACCAUAACACUCACUUUUUUCCUCCUAGAAAGUAAGGGGAAAUGUCUGUGCGUGUUAUGGAGGGAAUGCCUACGGGUGGCAUGCCUACGGAUUUUCCUCCUCAAAAAACUAUGUGCAUGUUAUGGUCGGGUGCGUGUUAUAGAGCGAAAAAUACGGUACUUAACCCAAGGUACCACUGUAUAUUGUGAUAAAGUGCUUACAAAAAUGUGUUUAUUAGGAGAAAAAUACACGAAGCAGCUGAAGAACUUUCAUGAAGAUUUUAAAUAUAUACACACACAAACUGCUGCAAACUGCUGCAGGAAUGUGGGAAUUUAAGACAGGAAAGAAAGAGAACAUGAGGGAACCAACAUUGACAGAUCCUUACAUCCCUGCUUGCAAGGAAUCAGUCCUUCAUUGAGCAGCACCUACUCUCUGGAACUCCCUGCUCAUUGAUAUUAGCCAGACAUCUUCACUGUAUUGUUUUUUGUGCCUCCUAAAAGCAUUUGUGUUCAGAUAAGCCUUCCCAGACAUGUACUUUUCUUUUAUUAUGUAUAUUUUUAAAACAGCUGAUUUUACUUAAAUUGUGGUAAAUCUUAGGUUAGCUUGUUUUUAAUGUUUGGUUUUGUCAGUAUUUCUUUAAAGAAUGUUUUACAUUCUGUGCAGAUUGUUGUAGAGGUUUUUGAUGAUUACAUCCAGUUAAUUAAAAUAAUUAAAAAUCCAGUCAACAUUAAUGCUGCUGCUGCCACGCUAGCUUAAGAGCCCAGUAAAAGGCUGGAGCUGUGUGGAAUAAUUAUCAGUUUAAAUUUUCCAAACAAAAGCGAGCAAAUUCUUUUAGUGGGGGAAAAUGUGUGUGAAUAUUCUCGUUUUGGUGAUCCUGUUCAGCAUUAUAGCUUUCUCAUUAUUUCCUCAUCCUUCUUCUUUCUGGGUUCAUCACCUAUGUGAUCGCUGUCAAUCAGGGAUCCUGUACUGAAUGGUGUGGUGUCACAAAGAUACCUAGUCAAUCACCAUGGGUUCUGUGAUGACGUGGCUGAGAAUAAAUGAAGGCAAUGUAAAUGAAGAAAUGAAUAUUUACACAAGUGGUUUUGCAGGGCUAGGAGAGAAAUUGCUGGGAAAGGGAAAGGCAUUUUUCAGAGCUCUGAAAAUCUCAAAAGCUGUCAGUAGCUUUGCUUUGGUUCCGUAAAACAUAACUCAUGGCUGACUUAUCUUGCAUUUCCAUUACAACAAUGGAUCAACAAGGCAAUGAUUCAUGCAAGCAAUGAAACAUUGCAGUAUAUUAGCAGCCUGCAGCUGGGAGGUUCCAACCCACAUCUCUCCCCCAUCAAUGGACCGUGCAAAAAUCUCCCCUUUCCCCUCCCCAAUGCCUCUCCUUUCUCUUCAUUCAACCUUCUUGCCUGUCUCUGCCCUCUUCUGUACAUUACCAGUUUCCACAGUGGAUGUUUGAAUGAGUACCUUUUCUUUCAUCUCACACCUUAAAGAACAUAUCACUACAGGAUGGGGAGAAAUUAGUUUGGUCCUCAUUUUACAGUGAACCAACCCAAUCUGAUGCUCCCCAAACUUGCUUGUGGUUUGGACUGCAACUCCCAGCUGAAUUGUACAUUUCUCUGGAUUUUUGUGCUUUCCAAUGCACAAAAGGGUGCACACAGAAAUAUGCAUUUUAUGUAAUUGCAAAAGAAGUGCUCAAGAUGCACAUUUUCUUGGUGAAUGCAUUGAAGAUUUGCAUGCACACAGAUCUACUGAGGACUGAGCAUGCUGUGUGGCCACAGAACAUUGAGUGUUGGGUUGGUGAUGGUGGAGGGAGACAGAAAACUGAGGUGGUGAAAUGAAGUCUAAAGAAAGCAGCAUCUCUGGCUGGUUGGAACAUUGAACCUGAGCAAUGGUUACUCACCACAAUACCUGUGUUCUAUACCUGUUGUCAGAGGCCUCAUGGCUCAGAAUCCCAGGUGUUGGGAAUCACAAUUGGGGAUAGUGCUGUCGCUCUCAGGUCCUUUUGUGGGCUUCCCAUACAAAUUUGAUCAGCCACUGAGAGUACUGGAUGCUGGUCCAGAAUGGGCCAUUUGCCCAAUCCAACAGGCUCAUACAUUUUAAUGAUUGCAUUCUGCAUUGCAACAUUACCACAUCAUUGUGAUGAUGUGGACAGAAAAAUAGAACAAACAAGUCAUUUCCCCGUCCGUUCUUAAACUUGUAAAUAAUUCUAGAGGUUUAACUGCCUGGCCUGCAGGCAUCAAGUCAGACACCAUCCCAUUGAGAAGGACUCUGAAUGCCUUCUAGGACUUGCUGUUGUGUGAGAUUUUCAUUGCUUAAUUGUGGCCUUAGCAAAAGGAAUAAUUAGCUACUUCAGAGCAAAGCAACUGCACUUUGCCAUCACCACUGCCAUAAUUUUAAAUGGCAAAAGUAAGCUAAUGGGAAACCUUUUGCUGAGUGGACAACUACUAGAUCAGGGUAGCUCAUGGACCAUAAUUCCUGUUGACCAACCCAAUGUGGACCACGUAUCAGCAACAGUGCUGCAUCUCUUGUGCUGAGGACCUAAAAGCUGCUAUGGAAAUUCCCAAUAUUGUUUGUAUUCUUUAUUUGUUGCUGCCACUACCAAAAAUCUUGAGCCUGGACAGGCGGCACUAACAAGUAUUGGGUGGGGAGAUCAGGUCUGUGGUCCAGAGGUUUUCUACCUCUGUACUUACAGAGAGAGAUAUAUAUAAAUGUGAUUGGCUUAUAGUUUGUAUAUGUAUCAGUUAAACAUCUUGGAAGCUGGAGCUGCCUGGAGUUAUCCAGUUGCACCACUUGUUCUGUCUUGUUUGCACAUCACUCGCAUUGCUUAAAAAGUAAAAAUAAAACACAGCUGCGUCCCAUUGGUAAAGUAAAAAAGGUACUUUAUUUCCAGUUGCUUCAUAUGCACAAUGGCAGCUUUUGAUUCUUCUCUAUAUGACUGGAGCAACUUUAGUGGCAUCCUCACGCAAGAAAGAGGGAGAAGAGAGAGAGAAUGAACAUGAGGAAGGGGGAAAGCAUUGAUAUUUAGUGGGAAACAACAAAGUGUAUUUCCCCUUACUUUUUGUUAAGGUUCUGUUAGGGUUGCUUAUACCCAACCUGUGCUAAAUGAGAGGAUUUUUAAAAGAACAAAAAGAGAUUCUGAUCAUUCAUUUUCUAGUACGUAAAGUGAAAAAUUGCAAAUACAAAGCAAACACCAUGUUAUGCCUAACAGAAAACACAUUAUUAUUGUUUUGGUGCAAUUAAUUUUAUUUCAUGCCUUUUGUACAUCUGUAUAAAUGAUGGAUGGGUUAAAAAUAUUUCAAUUAAAUAAAAAUACAUAAGGAAAUGCAUAAAGAAACAAACAGGUUUACAAAAAAUCCAGCUUUUAAUUAAUACAAUUCAAGGAAAGGCACGCCAGGUCUGGAGGGUCCAUUUUCCUCCCUAGACAUAUAUGAAUGGAGUUAUGGUUUGGUGAUUCCAGACAAUUACGCUUUACACUCCCAAGUUUAGAGAAUGCAUUAUGACUCAUUAAAGGACCGUUGUCUGGCACCACAUUUUUUACUGUCCUUAUAUUUUUAAAAGGAGAGGUCCAUGGUUCUGUUUUAUGAUUCUCAGAAUGCUCUUCUUCCUCCCCUCCAGCAUAUGCCUCUUCCUUUAAGUAAGCUGUAAAUACAACACUUGAUCCUUGUCAACUCUGAAAUUCUUAUAGAUUGCUGUGUUUCUGUUAGAAAGGCUGGCAGUGUGAUUGCCUAACACCACUAAGAGAUUGCUGUUUUUCUGGUCGUUUUCUAUGGAGAAAAGCAGAACUGCCCCUAAGUUAAGAAGAAAGUGGGUCACCAACAAGGUCCUCUAUAGAUGUUGUGGAUCACAAUCCCCACCAUUACUGAUGGCUAUACUAGCUGGAGUUGUAGUCCAAAACAUCUGGAAGGCACUACAUUGGGAACCCCUGAUCCAAGCUGUACAAUAGCCAUGGUUUUCAAAAUAAGCAUAAGAACAUAAGAAUAGCCCUGCUGGAUCAGACCAAAAGUCUAUCUAGUCUGGCAUUCUGCUUUCCACAGUGAUCCACCAGGUGCUUCUGAGAAGCCUACAAACAGGGUAUGAGCACAAUAUCCCUAUUCUGUUAUUAAUCAGCAGCUGGUAUUUGGUACCGCUCAAAAUGGAGGCUGCACAAAGUCAGCUCGAUUUGUAGUCAUCCUACAUGUAUUUAUGGAAGAUGAAGUCCAUGAAUUUGUAACUUCAUAUAGCCGCAUAGGCCACGGGUAGCCAACAUGGUGCCUUCCAGGUGGUGUGAAACUAUAGAUCUCAUCAUCCCUGACCAUUAUCCAGGUUGGCUGAUGGAAAAUGGGGUCCAACAACAUUGGAGGGGCACUAUCUUCUAAAGUAGUGGAUCAUCCCCACAUCUUGUGGCAAUAAAUUCAAUAAAUUUAUUUUGAGCACCAUCGUGGUGCUGAUAUGAUAGAAGGGACGUGAACAUGUUCUAGCUCUGGGAUACUCAUUCCACAUUGAUCCAUCUGCCAGAGAACUCCAGCACAAUGUAGAUGAUUUGGAGGCAUACUUUUAGGUGCAUAGUCCCUGCAGGCCCAUUGGACCUCAUCAUUGUCCCAUGUGAGGGUAGAGUGUAAUCUGGAGUACACUCCACAGGGCCAAUCUGGUCUCCUCCAGAUUUUGUGGACAGCAACUCCCAGAAGCCUCGGCCAGCAUGGCCUAUGGUCAGGGAUACUGACAACGGGUUUUAAUUCAACAACAUCUGGAGGGACCAGACUGGCUACUCCAUCCUUACCGUACCUUCAUCUGUAGUUUGCAGCCCUAGGAGAUUAUAUGGCCUAGACCAGGAAUGGGGAACCUGUGGUUCUCCAGAUGUUGUUGGACUGUAACUUCCAUCAUCCUUGACUGGCUGGGGCUGAUGGUAACUGGAAUCUACAACAACAUCUGGAGAGCCACAGGCUUCCUCAUCUCUUAUCUUAUACUUUCCUGUGGCUGCACAUUGGAGGUAAAGUUCAUCAAUGGUAGACAAGAGGCCUAUCAAAGAGGUUCUUUGCAAUCAGUGAGUGCCUCAUCAAGGAUCCCUGAUAUGAAAAAAACCAUAGUUCCUUGGAUCACAGUUUGGAAACCAUUUUCAUAGAUUAGUUCGCAAAGUUGAGUAGCUACCUGCUUUAAUAUACCCACCAAACCAAGCCCUAGAUGUUAACUCUCCUGGUAACGGGGAGACUAGCAAGGACAGUAGAUUAACAACUAUGGAAAUGAUGUAAGCACUGAAGCGAAAAGCUAGUACACCUUGUUGGGGAAAUGUUAGGUUACUUGCUUGGUUGAAGCCCACAGCUGGUAUCUUGCAGAAGGGUCUUUAGAAACCCAGAGCCAGCUCUAUUUCCUUUUGUAGUAAUUAAUGGACUUUGCUUGUUUGAUGUUUCUGAAGGUUUCAGACAACUGCGAUGCCAUCUUUGUUAAUGGGAAGGAAAUGAAAAGCAAAGUGGACACCAUUGUGAAUUUCACGUACCAGCAUUUUACCACCCAGCUAGAAGUCACCGUCUGGGUUCCACGACUUCCUCUUCAAAUAGAGAUCUCCGACACAGAACUGAGUCAGAUCAAAGGCUGGAGGAUCCCUGUCACCUCCAACAAAAGGUACCAGCAUCAUGCCUUAAAAAUGGCUCUUGAGAGCAACACAGACAAGCCAUGUAGUUCAGCAUCCCCAUUCAAGUAAAUGGGGAUUGCAUGCUAGGAUAGGAAUGGCUGACCACUGGUAAGCUCGACAAAUGUGACCCUCUAGGCAUCUCUGUCUGGCACUCAAGACUCUCCCUAGGUAGGGAUGGAUGGUUUCAUUAUAGUCUGUUUCAUCCCACUUCUACAUGGGGAUGAACUAAUCUGUCCCAUUCUGUUUCCAUGCAGAUUUUAAAGGAAAAACCCCUGCCUCAUGCUUGUUUAGCACUACAACUGUAUGUACUGAUAAAAUAACAAGGCAAUAUUGAUGCCAUUGAACCUACAAUUACAGUGCAAUGCUUUUUGGGUGGUGUUUUACUGUUGUGCAUGUGUACUCUGCAGUGGCAAAACACCACACAAAUAAUGCAACCAAACAUGCAGUCUCAUCCAACUUGGUUGAUUGCAGAGAGGGCUUUUUAAACAUAAAAAAUAAAAUAAAAAUAAAAUGAGUUCACACAAAUGGGACAUGCAGAUUGGUAAUGACAGGGCGUGUGAAACUCACAAAUGAUCUGAAGGAACUGGAAAAGGCAGUGAACAGUCAGUACACAGGUCCCUUUCCAACAUAAGAGGUAACAAGGGAGGAUGUUUAAAGCAUUAGUUCCAUUUUUGAAUCUUAGAUGAAAAAUGUGAGGAGUUUCAGAAGCACCCCUAAAAUGUGUGUUGAGAUUAAAACAGGCAAGGAGCAUCUUUGUCCAUCUGGCCCACUAUUGUCUUCUGCAGGGAUGAGGAGCCCACAGUCCAUUCCAGCCACAUCUUUAGGGUUACCGGUUCCCCAUCCUUGUCUAUUCCAAUUGCAAUAAUUCUUCAGUAUCACAGGAAUGAGUCUUCCCCGUCACCAGCUGCUGAUCCUUUUCCUUUAACUGGUGAUCCUGAGGCUUGAACCUGCAUGCGAAGCAUGUGCUCUGCUACCAAGCCACGAUUUCUCCUCCAUGAGAUGCUGGCCAAAAGAGUGAACCAACAGAACAUGUGCCAAACGCGACAGGAACUUGAGAGUAUUUUUAACGGUUAUCAUUGGCAUUGGCAAAGAAAGAAAGAACAAGCCCAUUCUUCUGCUGAGUUAAGUGCCUCAUCCGGUUGCCUCCCCGUUCACCAUAUUGUUGGGAGUUUGCUUGUGCAAAUGUCUGCUGAAUCGUUCAUGGCGAUAGAUCCAUUUGAGGAAUAAACCUGCCAUCGCAGACGCGGCAGGUCACGCCUCCAGCAGCCAUUAGCCCAGUGCGAACAUUCUGCCUGUCAGCUCAUUAUGCCGCGUGCUAAAAAUUUAACCCCCCAGGUGUCUAGUUCAUAUUUAUUGGGCCAGCUGAAGUGAAUUGAACGGCCCAAGUAGCUUCGCUGUUUGCAAGCUGGCAAGCCGUUCUCGCCAGCAGCUAUUCAGAUUACCGCAGAGCCACUGGGCACCUAUUUAGCAAUUCAUUUCUUCUUCUUUUUUUAGGAAGGGGGUGGAAUGGCAAAGCUGUUUGCUGUGAAAAUUUGCAGCCGGUUGCCUGCACCAUGGCCUGCCAGCCAUUGUUCUUGGAUGAGUGCGUGCAACAGCUCAUGCUUCCAAUAGAGCUGGCGAAAGUUUUUUUAAGCAACUUAAUCGCAUGGGUGACUUGAAUGGGGGCGACCAUUUCUUCUUGUGGCAGGAAUGCAGUGGAGGCCGGUUUAUUAGGGCAAAUGGGGCACAUCCUCACCAACCUCUGUCUGCCCUGCCUGCCUUCUUACUUGCAAUCAAUCCAGGCGGUGGCGCUGCCUAUAGGCUCUCUCCUCCACAGUCUCUGGGUCCUUAGAAGCACUGAGCUGUAGAGAUGGAAGGGGCCAAAAGGACAAUCUAGUCCACCCCCUGUAGGAAUCACAGGUAGAAAAUCAGGGACAGAUGACCAUUCAUCCUCUGUUUAAAUCCUGAACUGAAUUCAGCUGAUUCAUGUGGAUCCAGGCUUGAGCUGUUUGGAGACAGUCCCAAGUCAUCCCAGGUUGGGCAGGGCCACUGAGAGAUCCAGGGCUUUCAGGGGGUGGUGAGUCAGGUGGGAAGGCUCUAGGGGUCUGCUUUGCAAGUGUGCUCACCACAGAGAAUGCAAUGGGGAACCAGACCUCAGCAGAACUGAAUCCUCCUCCUGCUGAGGGGAGGAUUCAGUCCUGAGGGGUGCAGGGUGCUCCUUUUCAAGGAAGGGCACAUCAGGGCCGAUAUUGCAAGGGGUCUCUUGGAGACCAUUCUGAGGACUAAAUAGGGAGGUUUAUGGGACAUCAUUUGACCCUUGGUCCUGAGGUUCCCUACCUGUGAUGUAGAAGGCCUCAGAUUCAGUCUCUGGCACCUCCAGGGGGAAAACCCCCUGCUUAAGACUUUGGGAAACUGCAGUCAGUGUACACCAGCCCCCUCCAACCGGCUGCCCUCUAGAUAUUUUAUGCUACAAUUCCCAUCAGCGAAGUGUACCAUGUUCUUUUAGACAACACUGAGCUAGAUGGAUGAACAGUAUGAUAGGGCAGAUUCCUGUGUUCAUUGGAAUGGGCCUCCAACCAGGUUCUCUCUCAGGAAGCAGCACUGAGAUUCUUGGGCACUGUGCCAUUGAUAGCACCCCUUGAUUGGUCUGCCCGCUGCUUCAUUGAAUGGGAAAUUAAUAAAAAUGUAAUAAGGAAGUGAGGAUCUGGAUCCCUUGUGAAUAUAUCUGGGGAGAUAAUAAAAACCCAUCUGGAGAAAUAUGGCUCAUCAUACUGAUCCAUAGAUAGAUGGGCAGCAGGAAGGGGGAGAGAGACUUUUAUCCUUAUUUGCAGUAGAUGGGAGAAUCAUAAUUUAAUCUGGGUAUGUGCCACUAUCAAUAUGAGCGGCCCACUCUUCCAGAUGGAAAUCUGCUCUCCAGAUAGGUGUGCUCUCAUGACUAAUGUACUGCAUGGAACCCUUGAGCGGCACUCGGUUAAUAGAAAAACCGGCUUCUGAAAUGAGCAGUCGAAAAGCCCACAAUCGCAGCAAAUGAAAGGAAUAAAUAUAAAUUAAAGUCAAAUAAGAGUGGGGAGAAGGGGAGGAAAGUCCAGGCAGGCAGAGACCGAUGUUCUUAACAAGAACAUUUAUUUUGAUUCAUUAUGCAGCUGGAAAAUAAUUAUCCCCUUGUUGAAGUUCAUGCAUUACCUCUGCGGGUGGAGUGUUGGGUGGGAGGAAGUGAUUUUUGUUCAUUUCUUCUAAGGGCCGCUUAGUGAGUCUUUUGACAUAUGUUGAAAUGAUGCCCUUUGGAUCUCUUAUAUGUAACAGGGCUAAAGAAUGCCUGUACGCCUUUCUCUUGUCACCUGCAAGCCCUCCUAACCAUCAACCGAACUGCUGAAACAUAAUGGAAUGCCUGCAAACAUUCUGCAGCCACUCAAAGACUGAGAAUGAGUCAUUGGAUGUUGAAAAUGAGGGUGGGGCAAUUGGUGGUGGAAGGGCUCCAAAAAUGAGGGAUAACAUGGGCUGAGAAGAAUUUCUAACCAUGUCCUCUCCUGACCAUGAGGACCAUGCUCUGUGGAGCAAAAUAAAUCCCAGAGGGUGGCUAAGUCAUGCAGAAGGCAGGCACGGGCUGGAGCUGCAGGACCUUAGGUAGCUCUAAGAAAACAACUUUCUCCAACAAGAUGUGGAACUCAGUGGAGGGGUUUGAUCUCUUGUGCUGCCUACUUCCCACCCAAUGGAUGGUGAAUUUUAAGAUGGUUGUCCUCUGGCCUGGAGCCUAGCACCCUUGUCACUUAUUAAUCAGUUCCCGCAUUGUACUCUCCCCCCCCCCAGGGGCCUAAAAGGUGCUGCUUUUGACCUUUAAAGCCCUUCAUGGCCUAGGACCCUCGUACCUACGGGACCACCUCUCCUGGUAUGCCCCACGGAGAGCCUCAAGGUCCAUAAAUAGCAACACCCUAGAGGUCCCGGGCCCUAAGGAAGUUAGAUUAGCUUCAACCAGAGCCAGGGCCUUUUCAACACUGGCUCGGGUCCGGUGGAACGCUCUGCCUCAUGACACCAGGACCCUGCAGACAGAGUUGUUCUGCCUGGCCUUUGCCUUGGAGCCAAUUUGAUUCCCUCCCUCCCUCUCUUUUUUCUUUUCCUUCUCCUCCUGCGAGGAGGCUACAUUUUAAUAUUUUAAUGUUUCAAUAUUUUAAUGUUGUGUUUUAAUUUUGUUUUUAAGUUGUAAUCAUUCAACUUGUUUUUAUUAUUGCUUGUAAGCCGCUCUGAGCCUGGCCUUGGCUGGGGAGGGCGGGGUAUAAAUUAUUAUUAUUAUUAUUAUUAUUAUUAUUAUUUUAAAAAAUACCCUAGUCCCAGGCUUAGAGACACAGAAAGGUUUACUCACAUAGGCAGAGCCUUUGUAAAUACAUUGGCUGAGUCCAAGUGGGGCAAAUUCUACACAAUUUCAGUAAUUUGCUGUGUGAGGAAGGGGUGGAAAACCUCUUUCAGCAUCAGGACCUAACUCCUUUCUGGGAAACCUUAUGGGGACCACACAUCAUUGGUGGGCCAGGUGAGAGGAAAAAAAGUGGGCAGGCCCUCAGAGAAAAAUGAGCAAAGCUAGUAAUGUGACUCUUACUGUGUACAGUAGAGAAGAACACUUGAGGAGAAGGAAGAGCAGGUCCAGUGAAGAGUAAGGACUAGAGGGGGGGCGUGGCCUGAGAAAGUGCCAAACCCCCAAUAGAUAGGUAUAGGGGUCCCACAUUAUGUUCACAAGCCUGGUGUGAGGCUAUGUACCCAUAGAUCCAGAGCCAGCUCAAGACAUUUUGGCACCUGAGGUGGCACCUGAGGUCAACCACAAAAUGAUACCUGCCAGUCAGGGAGAAAGGGGCAAGUGGAGAUGUACAUCAGGUGCAAAGUGAGAAUAAAGAAUAAACAAGGAUGAGAGGAGACUAACUCCGGUGAAUCCUGUGAGGUCUAUGUGUUGGAGGGGCCAAAUGAUGCCCAAUGCUGAUAAUAUAGGCAUUUCAUAAAUUUUGUUUAUUUAUUUUAUUCAGUUGCUGAGAUAUCUAAUAAGAACUAUUCUCUAGACAAAGUGCACAGUACAACAAAGUGAUUUAAAUAAACGGUGCAGCAACUCGGUGGAACCUUAAUGAAUCAGUAAAACCAGCAGAAGAUGAAAUCCUGCACAGAUAAAACCCAACACAGACAAAUUAAAGCCUCAGAUGGAAAAAUCAGGGUUGUAUCUAUCGUAAGUUAUACCCAGAGAAAGCGCACUGAAGUUAGUGAACCUACAUUAGGCACUCCCGUUCAUUUCAAUGGGUCUACCCUGGAUACAGCCUUUAGAAUUUGCAAUAUUCAAAAUGAACAGAGUACAGUUGUAUUGCAAGAACAACCGCAACCUAGUACCUUCUUGUGUGUGUUUCUGUGUGUGUGUCCUAUAGGCCCACACGCGACAGUGAUGAGGAUGAAGAUGACGAGAAGAAAGGGCGAGGCUGCACCCUGCAGUACCAGCAUGCCAUGGUACGAGUCCUCACCCAGUUUGUGACAGAAUCAUCCGAUUUGGGAGGCCAGCUGACCUACAUGCUUGGCUCCGAGUGGCAGUUUGACAUUACGGACCUUGUGGCUGACUUCAUGAAGGUGGAGGAAUCCAAAGUAGCCAAGUUACAAGAUGGCCGGGUUCUGAUUGGUCGUGAGCAAGGAAUCACAACAGUUCAGGUACAAAGUAAGGCUGGGUGUCAAAGGAAACAUUAAUGUGGGCUGCACAAGGUUACUGGUAGGUGGAUUUGUAGCUUGUUGACAGACUGAACCCAAAGAGUACUCACUAAUGGAUCCUAAUCAUCCUGGAGGAAAAAAAGUGACAAGAGGGUUGCCACAGGGUUCUGUCCUGGGCCCAUUGUUGUUCAAUGUCUUUAUAGAUGACUUGGAUGAAGGAAUUGAGGGGAUGCUCAACCAAUUUGCAGAUGACACCAAACUGGGAGGGAUAGAUAAUGCCGCAGAAGACAGAAAUAGGGUUCAAGAUGACCUUAAGUGAUUGGAGAACUGGGUCCAAACUAACAAAAUGAACCUCAAUAGGGACAAAUGUCAAAUUCUACACUUAGGCAGGGUUUUAGUAGACCACAAGCUUAAUUUGAGUCAACAGUGUGAUGUGGUAGCAAAAGCAGCUAAUGCUAUUAUAGGCUGCAUCAACAGAAGUAUAGUGUCCAGAUCAAGGGACGCAAUAGUACUGCCCUAUUCUGCCUUGGUCAAACCAUACUGUGUCCACUUCUGAAUGCCAAAUUUUAAGAAAGAUGUUGAUAGGCUGGAACAUGUGCAGAGGAGGGCAACCAAGAUGGUCAAGGGUCUGGAAACCAAGCCUUAUGAGGAAAGGCUGAAGGAGUUGCAUACAUUCAUUUUGGGUAAGAGAAGAAUGAGAUGAGAUAUGAUAGUCUCUUGAAAUAUCUAAAGAGCCAUCACAUGGAAGAUGGAAGAAGCUUGUUUUUUCCUGCUCCAGAGGCUGUGACCUGAACCAAUGGUUUCAAGUUACAAGGAAGGAUUCCAGCUAAACAUCUGGAAUAACUUUCUGACAGUAGGAACUGUUUGACACUGUAACGGACUUCCUCGGGAGGUGGUGGACUCUCCUUUGUUGGAAGUUUUAAGCAGAGGUUUGGUGACCAUCUAUCAUGAGUGCUUUACUUGAAAUUCCUGCAUUGCAGGGGGUUGGACCAAAUGACCCUCAGGGUCCCUUCCAACCCAUAAAAUUCUAUGAUUAAUCAGAAAGCUGCUUUAUCUUGAGGAGACACCAAAGCAGAGGAUCAGUCUAGGCAUAACACUACUUAAUAUUGAGCAGAGACCAAAUUGGUCUAGCAAAAGCCAUGGUCAUAGUUGGCUGCCUACUGUUGGAAAGUGGAAGAUAGGUGAGGUGGGAUCUUUAUUCUAUUUCAGCAAGUUAAUUCUCAUGUCCUAUGAUAGAGUGGUGUUUUCAUGCACCAGUCCCCACAACGCGAGCCUCAGUCUCACAUAUUGGCAGAGAGUAGAAGUUGUUGGACUUUAUAAAGAGGCAGCCCCCCAUAUCAUCACUAACCUUGGGCCAUGCUGUCUGGGGCUGAUGGGAGUUGAACAUUCAGAAGGCACCACAAUGGCGGGAGGAGCUCCUCCCACCCUUGUGCAUCAGGUGACCAACCUCCAAGGGGGAGCGUUACAUUCUAUGCCACAUUUUAGCAUGGGCCUAUUUUUAACAUUCUUAAAAUGUGCAUAUGCUUGUUCUAAACCAGGCAUCCCCAACCUUCGGCCCUCCAGAUGUUUUGGACUACAGUUCCCAUCAUCCCUGACCACUGGUCCUGUUAGCUGGGGAUCAUGGGAGUUGUAGGCCAAAACAUAUGGAAGGCCACAGGUUGGGGAUGCCUGUCCUAAACCAUUUAUUUUCAAAUGUAUGAAGCUAUACAGUGAAUUUACAGUUUUACAGUGCUUUACAUUGCUUUACAGUGAAUCAAGUGAGCAGUGGGUUCUGUUAGUAUGAGUUCCCCAACUUCUUUUCCAACUCCAAUUGCCUUUCAAAUGGGGGGUGCUGGAGACUGAGUCUUGGCACUUGGUGCAUGUGUAGCUGUGCUCUAAUAGUAUUAAGAGUUAAACACAUAUUUGAUGUACCCUUCCCUGAGAUCACUUGCUCAGAGAAGGGUAGGUUUAAAAUGAAAUAAAUAACUAACUAUGCCCCCUGCAACCCCUUGGCUGCUUUCACAGGAAUCCACUGUAUUUGGCUAGCAGAGCAAUCCUAUGCAUGUCUAUGUCUUUUUAUAUUGCAAACUGCCCUGUGAUCCUCAGUUGAAGGGCAGUAUAGAAAUUUUAAAAAUACUUCUACUAAUAAAAAUACUCAAACGUAACCCCUAUUAAAUUCAAUGGGGCUUAUUCCCAGUUAUGUGUGGCUAGAAUUGGAACCCAAGCAGGCAAAAGUGGCUCAGAGGGAUCUUCAUUUUGAAAUACAGUUGUACCUGGUUUUGCGACCAGGAUCCAUUCCGGAGCCCCAGACGCUAGACGAAAAGGACGCACGACAAAGCACCGCUCUGCGCACACACUCGGAGCAGUCUGCCAGUACUUCCAGGUUUGUUGCAGACGUUCGACGAAAUGAACACUCAAUGAGGCAGACUCAAAAUGAGGUACCACUGUAUGGCAACCAGUCCUUGGGCACCCAUGAUGCAACAACUCCAGGACAGUUUAAUGUGGAUUGUCAUCAUCUUUCCUUUCCUUUUGUUUCCCUUAAAGGUCCUCUCACCUCUUUCUGAUUCCAUUUUGGCUGAGAAGACUGUGAUUGUUUUGGAAGACCGGGUGACCAUCACAGACCUUGGUGUUCAGCUCGUGGCAGGCUUGUCCCUCUCGCUCCAGACAAGCAAAGGAAACAAGAGGGUGAUUGUUUCUACGACAUCGGCUUCUGACAUUCUUCAUUCACCAAAGCAGGUGGGAGAUGCAGUAAUGACAAAAUUAAUGAAAAGCACAGAUUUGCAUCGUUUCAUCAGCAAAUAGGAGACCUAGAUAAACCAGAUGAGAUUAAAUGGAGGGUAACCUAAAGGACGAACUAAGGACUAGAUGAGGUAUCUUCAACCUUUUCAGACCCAGGACCCACUUUUAACCUAAACAUGCAUUUGGGGACCCAUUUCUUAAUCCUUUGCUAUAUUGUUGCAUGGUGUCAGAUGGCAAUGGUGGUUGCUCGUGAGUGACCAGUCAGGACUCCCACCUGUCUUUUACAGGUUUUAUUUUGGUGCAAUACUAUUUACAGUACAGAGCAACAAGUUCAUGUCUGCCUCAAUCGCUAGCAGAAUCCGGGAGUGGCUGUUUCCGGGACCUCCCCCAACAUAAGAGCUUCGUCACCCCCAGCCUUUUCCUUCCUUCUUUGCGUUUUACACCUCUGCGCAGGGUGGGCGACGGAAGGAAGGGGUGUGCUUCCCUCCUGGCCAGCUUGGCCAGGAGCAGUGCUGAGGCUCCCAGCAGCAUCUUCUGGUUUUUCCCCCUCUUCCCCACUGGAGGUGUGGCUUUCCUCACCGCAGGAAGAGGAACUGCUUCACAAGAUUUUCGGAGGUUCCAUGUAACCCAACUGCCCCUCUGCUUCCCUACCCUUCCACUAACACCCUGACACAUGGUGUUAGUGCUCUUGUGGUUACCCACCUUGGAUCAGACUGUCAGACCCUCCAAGGCUCCCUAUUUUUCCAGAACAUCCAUGAUUUAAAGAAGCAGUCCCAGUUUCUGAUUUGAUCCCUGAAUGUCCCACUUUUCCUUUGGAUGUCCCUAUUUUCACUGGUGAAAUGUUGGAGGGUAUGAAGUUAUCUGACCCUCGAGGUGUCUGAAGGCAAUCCUGUAUAGGGAAGGUUUUUUUAAAAAAAUGUUUCAUGUUUUAUUGAGUUUUUAGAUACAGUGGUACCUCGGGUUACAUACGCUUCAGGUUACAUACGCUUCAGGUUACAGAUUCCGCUAACCCAGAAAUAGUGCUUCAGGUUAAGAACUUUGCUUCAGGAUGAGAACAGAAAUCGUGUUCCAGUGGCGCGGUGGCAGCAGGAGGCCCCAUUAGCUAAAGUGGUGCUUCAGGUUAAGAACAGUUUCAGGUUAAGAAUGGACCUCUGGAACGAAUUAAGUACUUAACCCAAUGUAUCACUGUAUGUUGGAAGCUACCCAGAGUGGCUGGGGCAACCCAGUAAGAUGUUGUUGUGAAUUCUCUGCGGCACUUUAUCAGAAAUGCUCAGAGUUCCAGGUUCUUCAGUGCAGUAUAUUUAUUGUGAGCUAUAUAUACAAAUAUCUACAGGCUAUAAUACAUGAGCAGUUCAUACAGUCAAACAGAGUACCUGGCUGCACCUUAAGGCAAACAGGAAGACCUUUCUAUCUCUCUCUCUCUGACUACACUCUUCUGCACCACACUUUUACUGCUGGACAGGUUUCCCUUUUAAACCGAUGACAGCCAAUCAACUUUCAGUACAUUACUGCUGAGUCAUUCUGACCCAGCACUUCCAUAGAAAGUAUUGCAGGCUGAUUGCAUCUGCCAGUUGCAUCAGCUAGCAAACUCGAGCCUGCAGACUUACUAUCUACACAGCAUUCUGUGAAUCCCAACAGAUGUGUGGGGUAUGAAUAGUAACAUUAUCAUUAUGGAAUGGGACAUCCCUAUUUUCAUCAGAGACGUGUUGGAGGGUAUGGGCUGUGGCCCACUAAUGAGUCUCAACUCACUGGCUGAAGGCCAGUGGACUAGAUGGGCCUAUGGCCUGAUCCAGCAGGCCUCUUCGUAUGCUUUUGUAACCAUGAUAGAUGAUGUGAUCCAAUGGGUAGUAGGAGAAAUUAAACUAAGCUGGAGAGGAAUAGGGUAGUUGUGUUGUGAGAGUGCUGUUGCACUGACAUCCUCCUUUGAUAUUGCCUCCUACCCACUUUCUGUUCUGGCCCUGGCCACCCUUCUAUGUGGCCCCCAACAGAUUUCCCCCAGGGAAUAUGAUCCUUGAGGAUGGUAAAGGUUCCCCACCCCUGUACUAAGUUAUGGGCCCUCUCUCUCUAAAGAUCAUAAAGGUGAAAUACAUAAAUGUGAAUAUGAAAAAUGGGUGAGUGAAAUGAUUGGAUCAUGUUUACUGACACAUUAAGCCAAAAGAACAAGGGUUGAGGGAGGGAAAUGUUACUCAUUUUCAUGUAAUUAUUUCCAGGCUUCACAAAAACAGGGUGGGGGGGAGGAGCCCAACUCAUGCGAUUUCACUAAAUCAGCCGCAUGAGUUUAGGAAACAAUAUUUUGAUGGCUAAUUUAAGGCCCAGAGUUCAGAUUGAUUUCAUGAUGCAGUCUGAAAACAAAUGAUCUGACCGGUUAUAUGUGAAAUUGAUUCUGAGGCAUUCUGCUAGGAAGAGAAUGUUAAAACUAAGCUUUCAUUUUUUAAAAAGUUCACUCAUUUCAGAUGCAUCAUUUCCCAUCUUGAAUUUUGAAAGCUCAUAGCGCUGACGCAUUCAGCUAAGUUAUACCCAGAGUACACCUACUGGUUGGUUUCCAAUGCUAGUCCUAUUCAGAACAGACCCGCUGAAAUGAACGACUAACUUAGGUUCAUUAAUUUCGCUUCUUAAAAAAGUUAUGGCUUCUUUUUAAAAAUGAUACAUUUUUCUAUGUUGUAGGAAGCUGUGGUCAGUGCUUGGAUUUUGUUCAGCGAUGGCACCGUGACACCCUUAGACAUCUACGACACGAAAGAUUUUUCUCUCGCCAUCACAUCCCUGGAUGAAAUGGUGGUGUCCAUCCAUCAAAGCCAAGAGGAAGACCAGCCUGUGGUGGUGGCGGAAGGUGAAGGUCAAGGGCCGCUCAUUAAACUAGAAAUGGUGAUCAGCGAGCCUUGUCAGAAGUCCAAGAGGAAGAGUAGCUUGGCUGUUGGGAAAGGAAGCAUCAAAGUCAAGUUUGGCCAGAAGGAUUUGGACCACAAAGGGGACACCAAUGACAUUGAAGACGUUGAGGCUGAUUUUAAAAGCCAUGGGAGUAAUUCUAUAGAGAAGUCACUGGAGCAGGAGAGGUCAGGGCAAGAUUGGCCCAAACAUGGGGCUUCCAUUAAUCAUGAAGAGGCUACUAACCAAAGCACAACUUCCAAGACUCCUGUUCACCCAAAAACUGCUCAGGGUCAGCUCCAAAAUGGUCCAACCUCCUUUACGAGCUUCCCCAUACAAGUUGACAUUCCAGUGCAGAACAGUCCCAGUGACCUCACUUUGGCUUCCAGAGGUCUAACGGACCUUGAGAUUGGCAUGUAUGCCCUUCUGUGUGUUUUCUGUUUAGCCAUAUUGGUCUUCUUAAUUAACUGUGUGGCAUUUGCUUGGAAGUACAGGCACAAAAGGUUUGCCGUCAGUGAGCAAGGCAACAUUCCACAUUCCCAUGACUGGGUGUGGCUCGGGAAUGAGGUGGAGCUCUUGGAGAACCCAGUGGACAUUUCGCUCCCGUCCGAGGAGUGCACAACCAUGAUAGACAGAGGGAUGCAGUUUGAGGAGAGCAAUUUCCUCCUCAACGGGAGCUCUCAGAAGAGCCUUCAUAGCCAGAUCCUUCGGUCUGCUGACUAUGGUUGUGAGAACGAUAUCACAAACGAACCUAUCAACCCCCCUGGGCCCAAACGGAAAAGAGUCAAAUUCACAUCCUAUACCACCAUCUUGCCAGAGGAUGGUGGCCCAUACACCAACUCCAUCCUCUUUGACAGUGACGAUAAUAUCAAAUGGGUAUGCCAAGAUAUGAACUUAGGGGAUUCCCAGGAACUUAGAGACUAUAUGGAAAGGCUGCAAGACAAUAUGUAA